AUGUUGCGACAGAACGGUGGUGGCAACAAGCGUGGUUUAGGAUUAACCAAACUGUCUACCUCCAAUUUCUUCACCGUCUCUAAUUCAGGAACCUGGGGGAUGGGGCGCAGCACCAAGAGCAGUUCUUUGAGCAGCAUUAGCUCCAACUCGGACUGCUAUGACAGCACUGUUGUGGACCCAGAGUACAUCAUGCAACUGGUGAAUGAUGUCAGGAAAUUUGCAGAUGUUCUACUUUAUUUGAAAGAAGCCAUUCUUUCAGAAGGUGUGUCAGCUGCUUCUCAAUAACUCCCAAUAGUUUGAAAUGUAUUUUUGUAGCUAAUUUCUUACUUGCUAGCAUAUGAGCAAAGAAAUGUUUAGAAGGAACAGUGGCUGUCUUCUCUUGAGUAUAUUUUGCGGUAUACAGGAAGUUGUGGUUUUUACUUUGCUAACUUCCUCUGUGAAACAUUGAGCAAGUUGUUUUGUAAAUGGGCACGUCAUAAACAAAAUUAAACUUCCCUUUUUUAAAAAAAUACCUUUAAAAAUUGGCAUCUGGUAGAAAUGGAAAAAUGUUUAGACUCACGACUUCUUUUGAGAUAGAUUUUUUUUUUCUUGAGGGGGUAGUGGCACCAUCGUUUGUUAAGCAGUGGCGAAAAGACUGGUGGCAGUGUUGUAGCUUUGGAUUUCCUGAUUAAGCAGCAGAGGUUUGGACUAGAUGGCUUGCAAAGCCCCAUUGAAUUCUUAGGAUUCUGUUUCAUACCUCUGAGCUAAAUUAUGCCAAUCUUCCCAUUGUUUUGGUGGAUAGAGAAAGAUACUUCCAUUCUUCUUUGAAUUCUGAUGUAAAUGGGUAAGAAGCAAGCUGAUUAUACUUGCUCUACUGGUGAUGUACAGUAGUAUGAUUAAGACUAGGGAAGGGGAAACUCUUUUCAUCCGUAGAUUCACAUUUCCUUUUGGUCAGCUUUCUUGGGCCCAUUUCUAUUGAUAGGUGGAGCAAGAGGCAAAAAUGAGUGAAGCAAUACCGUUGAACAAUUUGCUAGUUUCUUCACACCCGCACAUCCCCCUCCAUCUAAGCAAGCAAGAAACAUUAUUGGAGUUCUAUGAACACAUUCCAGCCCUGUAAAAACACCAAAUGAGGGUGCAAAACAGGGCUGGGGAGGGGUGUGUGACCUGGCAAAAGUUCUGAGGGCUCGACAGAGGGGCCUGGAAGGCUGUGUUUGGUUGCUGGGCCUGAAGUUUCCCAUCCCUGAUUUAGAAGGUCUGAUUUUAUACUGAUUUAGUUUGUGGGUAACUAGCUAAACAUCUCUUACGUUCCUGUUUGAGCUGAAAUUGAAUAUCAGUUUUUCUUACAAAAUACAUUUAAAAUAAAUUCAUAGCCUAUUUCAGGAGAAUGCUUAAACAGUUGCUCUGUAAAAUGAGUGAAGUAGGUCAGAGUAGCGCUUACUUGAAAUAAGGAAAAAAACCCAACAGAAAUAAAUAUAACUUAUAAUAUUGCAGAUGUUGAAACUUUCAAGUGGGGAUACUGUUUCUUCAUUGUAUCCUCUGCGGAGUAAGAACUGAAUCCUUCAGACAAGUAGUUUUCAGUAUUAAUGGAACAUAAUAUUCAUAAUAUAGGUAAAUAAGAAGCUGGUACCAGCUAACCUGGCAUGAAUUCCUUUCUACGAAUAUUUUCUUUCUUUCUUUCUUUCUUUCUUUCUUUCUUUGUAGUAGAUUCAAAGCGAGCAUUGUGCUUUAUAGACCUGUACCUUAGCAGAAUAAAUUUCUGAGAAGAUCUGCCAAAUGCCCAGUGAGAUUGCUUUUGAGCAACAAUGAUACAUUUUCCUCACUUCUUAUGCUGCUGUCAACAAAUCAACAAGAAGUGUGCCCUUAUUCUUUUGUUUGAAUUCAAAAGUCCCACUUUCUUGCCAAUGUAUUAUAGCAGCUUUGCCUCAUCCAACUGAAUUAAGUAUAUUUAUCCUUCUGCUUUUAAAAUCAGAACUUUUCUAAGCUUUACAUCUUAAAGGAACACAAAGCCAUCAUACCUAGACAUGGGCUUUGUUGCAGAAUCAGCAAACAACACUAUCCCAUUGUGUCGAGAGCAAGAUCUAGAUUGUUAGGCAUCAGUGAGAUCUAAACAAUACACUAUGAGUAUGAAACUUGUUUCUGUGCAUUAAGACUUAUUUCCUAACAGUCCCCCCCCCCCCCCGCUUUUUUAGGAUGUCUGAGAUUCUGUUAAUCAGCAUACAGUUCUCCAUUUAGGAGACUUCUGUGCUUUAGGGGAAAUAGUGCUGUCAAAAGGAAUUCUCUGUGUUGUAUCCUAAAGCAGCAUUUAUACCCAUAACCUAGUCUUGACAUACGAGUCAUGGUACUAAAAUGUAAACACAGAAGAUUUGUAGCCUCCAAGAAAAUUUAAGUGUGAAAAUGCAUGCUCCUGUGCUUGAAGGUUUUUAACUGCAAGUUUGUGUCUCUGCCUUCAUUUAUGUGAAGGGCAGCUUUGGUUGUGAGCCCUACUUGUACAUGCCUGUGCAGUGCCAACAGAUAAAUAUUCCAAAAUACAUUGAAUUUCCUGCUUGGUCCAGUAAUGGUGUGAAUUUGGUUGUAGAAUAAGGUGUGAAAUUAUUUGGAUUGGAGAUACUGAAAUGGGGGGCUGCAAUUCAAAGUGAGGGUUGCUGAAUGUCUUGCUUACUUCAUAUUUUUGCCCCAUUCCUUUGCAUAACUUCCAUAGACAGAAGAAGGUGAUGUGGAAGUAGUGAUAAAUUCUGCUGGCCAUUGCCUCUGAACUCAUAAUGUUGAUGUUUGGCCUCAAAUAAAGAAUGCAGCCUGUGCAUUCUCUUGAGUUUGGCUCUGGCAGAUCAGUACAAAUGAUAGCUAGGCAUUACUUAGUGAACAUGGACCAAAUUUUCCUAGUCACCCAAACCUUUUAGCUGUAUGGCUUUUGAUUUUGAUGAAGUUUGAGGAUUUGGUGGGAGUUCCAUUCUUUCAGUAAGUACAAGUUGUCACUACUACUGCCUAAUUGCCAUCCUUGGUUGUGUAUGUUCACACAGGCUAUAGAUAGGCAGAAUAGGAUUCCGACUCAGUUGCUUUGAUAUGGGUGUGUUGUGGAUCAUGUUGUGGAUAGUGAAAGUGAAGAAUACUUUGGAGGGUGGUGUGUGUUGCCAUAGACUUUACAGCCUUGCUGUUUUGUGAUGUAAAAUUGAGCAUAUGUGGUGGUCAUAUUUAACACAUACUCCAUAAGGUAUGAUUUUGAAUAACGUUGUUUGGCUUGGUGAUCUAUAUUGUAGAGGCAUGGAAUUGUUUGAAACCCCAAUCACUGCUUUUUCCACCAUACUGAUUAAUGUCCAAAUAGCUCAAAACCAGUUACUAAUGUUGAAGUUGAAAUUAAUAGGUGGGCUUAAUAAUACAAACAAGGCAAUGCCAAUUUAUGAAUGGAAAUGCCAGUUUAUGAAUGUGAAUUCAUAAAUGACAGUAUUCCCUUAAACUUGGAAUAAAAUACUCCUAAAUUUGUUUUAGUUACAUUUGUAACCGACCCUUCUGCCAGGAAGCUCAGAACAAGUUGUAGUUGGGUCAGGUAAAGUUGGAGCAGGAUACAGUUACUCUACUUGAUUAAAACCACCUUAUGAACUUUAUAGCUAAGCAGAGCUUUGCCCAUAUCCAUGGCUAAUAUUCUGGUCAAUUCAUGUCACUGCUGCUAAAUGUGAGGGCUCUUGAAUAGAUUGAGCCGUUUGAGAAAGGAAAGAAUUGAGUAGUAGUAGAAGAACAGGGAGUUAUUGUGCUUUUAACCAUUAACCUUUAAAGAUUUAAUGGUUUUUAAUUAAGCUUUUAAUCUAGUGACAUUUUCAGUUAAAACUUAUAUGCUGUUAGCAUUUUAGUAUGGAGCAGGUUAAAACUCUUAAAGUAAUUACAUUGAAAGUUCCUAAAAUUUUAGCAUCAUCUUCAGAGCAUGGGGUAUGCAAGUAGAUUCAAUUAAUUUAUAUGCUGAUCAAUAUGUUUCUAUCAUGGUCAUUUUGGCAGCAUUGUGCAUUUAUUUGGUUAACUUAAUAUGCAUCACUAAAAAAGGUAAAAUCACUGAUCACUCUGCUUCAAUGUGAACUGGUACACAGCGCUAAACCAGGGUUUAUUAAACUAUGGUUUAUCAAACCCUUAUUUGUUUCUUAGUAAACAAACCAGAGUUAAGCUAUCAAAAAAGCACAAACUGAAACAGUAGUUUGUUGGCUUAUGAAUCUUGGUUUGUUUUAAUUAUGGUUUUGCAUAACAUGAACAUAUAACCCUUCCUUAAUAACCAUGGUUUGUUUGGCCACCUGACACCCAGACACUCACCAAGGCUACAAAGGCACGUGGUAAGAGCUGCUUGGAAAUAAUUCAAAUUUAAGAGAAACAAGCCAUGGGUUUUUUUUUCAUUUGCUGGAAAACUUAUUGGAUAAACUUGUGGUUUGUUCAUGAAACCUUGGUUUGUGUUAUGGUUUGUGUUAUUUCCAUUUAAAAAAGUACUCCUAUUCUCCAGUGACUCUGUAGCCAUGGCAUUGGUGAUAUGACCUGAAACAACCGUGGCUCAGUGACAGAGCAUCUGCUUUGCAUGCAGAAGGACCUAGGUUCAAUCUGCUGCAUCACUAGGUAUAGCUUGGAAUGUCCCUAGUCUGAAACUAUGGAGAUCUGCUGGCAGUCAGCAUAAACAAAUCUGAACUCAGUGGAUCAAUAGCCUGAUUCAGUAUAAGACAGCUUCUAAGGAUGAGGGGAAACCCCAGAUUAUCAAAAUCUUUGAAGCUGUGUGGAACCUGACCUCAGGUUUUUUUUUGGGGGGGGUGUUGGCAUAAUUGGGCCACAAUGAAGAAUUAAAGCAAGGGAAAAGAAAGUCCUGAUCUAUAGGUCUAUAUGAUCAUUGUUGGAGGAUUCCUGCUCCCAUCCCUUCUCACUAUGUGCUUUUAAACUAUGUGCUUUUUAAGAGUUGUUUCCUCUAGGGUGUAGUGUAUGCCUGUGAAUUUCCUCCACAGAAGUACCAAGCAUAGUAUUGCCUCUCCAAGGGAAUGUAAUUACAAAUAAAUCAGCAAAUUAACACUUUUCUCACAACCAAUAAUUAUAAAACAAUGAGGUAAAACUAUGGCUUAUCAAAUAAUAUUUUAUGUAAUAGUCACAGACGUCUAGGUUAUCAGUAAACCAGACACCCUCCAGUAUCAUCAGGACUUUUACAUGGUAUGGAUUGGCUGCAUGUCAUUAUAGGUGCUUCAGAUAUUAUAAUAUCUGGAAAGCUCUCUUUAGGGUUUGAUUAUGCUGAGUAGGACACAGACACCGAAUGACAGCUACUUAGAAUUCCAAUUUGAAAAACAGAGUGUUGUGCAAUCUAGAGUUUAGUGAAUAUAUAAAGCUCUGAACGAUAGAAUUGUAGAGUUGGAAAGGACCCUGAGAGUCAUUUAGUCCAACCCCCUGCAAUGCAGAAAUCUAAUCAAAUCGUUGCUGGGUAUGAAAUUAAUUCUGUGGCUCUUCUGAUACAUUGGGUGAUUUUUAUUGAGUAAGGACAUGGUACCACUCCAAGAUUAAAAUUCACCUGACCAUUGGACUGCUUGGUAUUGUUGCAUGUGCUUUCUGUAUGUGUGGCUGGCUCUGUAUAGCUACCAUUAUGUGCGUUAUUAAAUUUAUUGAAUGCUGCUAGGAGUGGAUAAGGGACGUGGGUGGCGCUGUGGGUUAAACCACAAAGCCUAGGACUUGCCGAUCAGAAGGUUGGCAGUUCGAAUCCCCGUGACGGGGUGAGCUCCUGUUGUUUGGUCCCUGCUCCUGCCCACCUAGCAGUUCGAAAGCACGUCAAAGUGCAAGUAGAUAAAUAGGUACCGCUCUGGCGGGAAGGUAAACGGCGUUUCUGUGCGCUGCUCUGGUUCGCCAGAAGCAGCUUAGUCAUGCUGGCCACAUGACCCGGAAGCUGUACGCCGGCUCCCUCGGCCAAUAAAGCGAGAUGAGCGCGCAACCCCAGAGUCGGUCACGACUGGACCUAAUGGUCAGGGGUCCCUUUACCUUUACUAGGAGUGGAUAAAGUCAUUUCUGCAUGUGAUUGAAUUGCAAGAGGCAACCACAAGUUCCAAUGACUCAGUGAAAAUUGCUCCAUUAUGUAUCCCAUGAGUUCUGUUCUUCAGACCUUUUGAUAACUAGUAAGUGAAGACUUCUGAAUAUUUCUUCAAUUCCUGUAGCUCUCUUAUGGUGCUUGAAGCUUUAUUUCUGCCUGUCUGUGUCUUUAAGGUAACAUGGGGCAUCCCACACAUGCUUCCUUGACAGAGGGAAACUCCAGGCCAAAGGAAUUUUAUUGAUAUAUCCAGCACCUGCAAAUAUGGUUACAGUGGUAACCAUAAACCUACGUUUGGUGAUGAGAGAACAUCUAAAUAUACUUUCUUAUUGGAUUAACAUGUUGGAAAAUAACUGUGAACAGUUCUGAGAGAUUGAUUAUGCCUCUUUCGAAAAAUACUAUCAGGCUAGACUGAGAUUCUGCAAUAGUGUGGUGCGUACAAGGCUUGGCACAAAUACCUGCACAUCCUUCCCAGCAAGCCUCUGUAAAAACCCAGGCAAAAUUACCUGGCAAAAGAACCUCACUGCAAGUGGAAAAAGAAACAUGAGUGUCAAGCCAUUGUGGCUACUAGAAAAAAUGUUUGCCAGCAAACGUUUGGGGAUCUCUGGUAGUAGGGGAUUAUUUGGGAAUACAUUUUAAAUUGAUGUAGAUUUAGGUAAAAAUAUCAGUGUUAGCCUCAAGUGUUGAAGGCCUACAUUCUCCGUAAUCAGAUAAUUUCAAGAGUAUAUUGAAUAAUAUAGCUAUGUUUAAAUGGUUCAGAUUAAAUCUAUGUACUAUCAAAAUUACCUGCGAAAUCCAUGCAAUAAAUGAUAGCUUAGAGUUCCAAUUAACUUUUAAGUCUAACGAUCUAGCUGACUUAAAUUGUGACCACCUCCCCUUCCCCCAAUCACAUACUCUGCAUUCCUUCUGAACAAAUGUUCACUUGUUGCUAUAGUGUCAAAGAUCAACAGUUGGUAGGGGUAUGUUUCAUGAGCAAGUGUAGUUAAGCAUUUAAACUCAACUCCUGUGGAACUUUUAAUACAUUUUUAACUUAAAAUGUAUUCUAGAAUAGUAUUAUUAAUGCAAUAAACUUUGUUAGCAGUGUUUUGACUCAUUCCUAUUUUCAGUUUUAAAAUACAGUAAAUUUUACACCAUUCCCUUUACUUUUUUCAAAAGAUACAUGAAAAAGCAUUGAAAAUUACUCUUAUUCAAAAUGCCAUAUUUUUAGCUUUCAGAAUUUGUCAGAAUUUUUUUAAAAAUCUGAAACUAGUACACUCUGAGGCUUUUUAACAAAAUGUGGCACUUGGGAGACUUCUGUAAUUUAGUAAAACAAUUUCCUUAGGAAUAUUACAUUCCUGUAUGUAUACAUAUAUUAAAGCCUGUAUUAAUUUUAAAAUGGUGUUCGCCACCAUUCAUGCAAACAGAUCCCAGGGACCUGUGUAGAACUGAGCAUCUAAGGUAUGUUUUAUGCAGUUUUUUGAGUGAAUAAUUAAGGGUGGUGAGUAAUCUCUCUGAAAUUUGAUUGUAUAGCUGUUAGCAUUGUCUUCAAAUAUAGGAACAUCCUAUAGGAACAGCAGGCAGGGAUGGGACUGGCGUGCGUCCCGUGGGUGUGGCGCACAUCCUAUGGGCGUGGCGCCCAGCGCAGGUGGGCAGAAGCAAUGGCACCCCACCGGGAUCGCACUGCUGGGGGCGGUGCGCUCCCCCCGCACUCUUCUUCCUCUGCCAGUGUAUAGGAACAUCCACUUAGCUUGGGUAAACCCCCAUUAAACUCAGUGAGAGGUACUUGAGUAGACUCACAGGAUUUUGCUAUUAGGGAAGAAGAAGGGUGAAGCAAAAUGCUUUCAGGAAGAACUUUUAAGUACAUGCUUAUCUUGCCCAUUGGAACCGGUUUGAUUUGGAAGUGCUUCAUUUUACUUAGAUUAUACCUACGAGUUUUGAAUACUGGAAAUUGGGUGAAAUCUUCUUUGACUCUCACUCAUUUUUAUUACUGUCUAACAUUAAUUCAAAGGACGUGUAAUAACUUGGAACACUUCCAUCUUGGUGCUCCUUCAUUAAAACUAUAAGUAGGUAGAUCUAGUAUGUGGUGUUACUGUGUACUCAACCUGACACUCACCAUGCAGCUGUUUCCUCAAAUUAGGAAACAUUACUUGGGUAAAUAUUUGGGCUGGCAUUUCAUGUCAACAGUAAGCUGAGUAGGAGAUAAUUUACUAUAUAUAAUUUUUGUGGCAUUACAUGCCUUCAAAAUAGGAUAAGAUACAACUCAUCUAGAGCACCAGUGAUGACUAUUCCAUGCCACUAGUUAACUGUCCCUGGGAAGACUUGCAGUGGUAUGCAAAACUUAAAUAUAUGCCGUCAGUAAGAGACCAGCCAUAUGUAGAUACUAUAAAACGCUUCUUGAGUUUACUGAGUAUCACAAUGUAAAACUGCAUUUUGUUCAGGAAGAUUAAUUAUACCAAAUACAGCAGCUAAAUGUUUUUUUAGUAACCUGUAGUUGCACCUGUUUAUGUUUUAUAUGAGAAAUAUUAUCAUAUAAUAUUGUGUUAACUUUACACCAGCCUAGGUGUGUGAUACCGAAAGCAGUUUCUAAAUAAAUGAGUAAAGAAUUAAAUGGUGGUUUUCAGCCAUAUGCUGUACUAUUACUGAAAGUCCACCUGAAUGUUCUUCAUUUAGACAGUUUCAUCCAAGAGGUUCUUUACAUUAGAACCUCCAUUAUGGAUGUUAUUUAGCUGUUAAAUAUUACAAUGAAUCUGGAAAACUCUUUGCAGAUGGAAAGCUGUUAUGAAGAGGAUUCAUUUAAAAAAAUUAAGUUCUAAAGGAGGCACUUUCCUGUGGGUUUAUCCCAUGGUGCAUCUGUAAAGCCUGUAGCCACCUGGUCAGGACCAAUCAAGUGAGUCUUUCCCACAGAACUGGCAUCCUGCCACAGCUUUGUUUUUAAAUAUUGCAGGAGUGCUGUGUGAUAAGCCUAGAGAAAAACUUGUCUUGCAGUACUCCGCAGUUUUUUUUUAAACGGUGCUUUGUGAGUGUAAAGUUCGGGAAAGAACUGGACCUCAUCUCUUGCCUUUCAAUAAAAUUUGAUGGUUCUUUACAUAGCAUUUUGAGAUGCCUCUCACCACUUGGUCUAACACUUAGCUUACUUAAAAGCAUACUGUGUGUUAUCUUGCUGCUGGAAAGAUUGUUACAAUUUGGGGGAACUGGUACACUAUCAAACAGGAGCAGUGUUAUGUUUUUGCAAUUAAAAUUGUAAAAUAAAGACUCUUACAAGUUCUUGGGAUUUGGUGGGAUACACAUUUUUUAAGACAGCCUUAAAUUUGAGUCCUCAGAGUUUGAGAUACUUCAAGUUAGCAUACAGCUAUCAAGUUAGAAUAGUGUUAUUUUAGAAUUUUGCUGCUUGAAGUCUCAAGAAGUUCUUCCCUACUUGUCCUUCCGCUGGCAGGUGAAGGAUCUUCUUGUUUCUGAAGGCUUUUAGGAACUAUCUAUUUCCAAGGAAAGGGCUAGUGCUGUGAUUUUAUUAUAGUUGCUAUUAUCUGUAUUUUAGUAGAUCAUUUUAUAUAUAUUGUUUAAUUUUAUUAGUGUUUAAUUAGUUUUAAAUGAUUUUUUAAAUGUUUUUAGCUGUUUGUUUUAUCUGUAAGCUGCCUUGAGUUCCAGUCUGGAGAAAAAGGUGAGAGAUAGAUAAGAUAGAUACCUCACAAUGUGAUUUGCUUAGUGAUAUCUUUGGAGCAAACUGCAUGUUACAAAUGUGGGUGACUAGCCCGAGGCUGCUGCUUCAAAAAAGAGAAACAAACCAGGAAGGCACAGUUCACCAUUGUUUCCUGUUUUGUGAAAAUUGUAGAUUAUAAUUAAUUAAUUCCAGACAAGCUGAGAUCUGGAGGCCACCUUUAAGCCAUGUUUUCCCACUUGUGUGAAAGAAAGUUCAAAGUGGUUGUGCACAAAUGUGUGAAGCUCUGGUUUAUAAAGCCACAAAAUGUACAGAGCAGGUCAAGAACACAGCAUUGUUUUACCUGAAAUGGGAUUAUUAGCAAAUUGUCAGCCAAUCCAAUCAUGCUUUGAAUAUGAAAAUAGUAAUAGGUCAAUUAGUUUGAAACUUCUUAUUGAAACUUCAGAUACCAUAGUUAUUAUGCCUUUGGACCAUUUGCUGCAUAUAAAAAGUCAGAAGUGUUGUUAAAAAUAAAGCAUUAUGCAUAGACCCUGAAAGUUUUUGCAGCAAAGUAGUAAAUAGAAAAAGCCUUUUAGGCAGGUUAAGGCAACCCCCUCAGGUAGCAAAUGUUGUCAUAUUCACAAGUGGCCUCAAAUUUUCAUUUAUUUGGUUUGUUCUUAUCAGCGUUAUAUUUUCUGCUGCAGGCAGCAAAAUAUCUUGGGCUACCUCUGUAGUAAGAUACUACUUAAGGUUGACAAAGCAAAGUCCACCUCCUUAUUAACACUCUGUAAUCCCAUAAUCCUUGCUUUGUGUGGUCUUUGCUUAGGUAGACUGGAAGUGAAUAGCCUUUUCAUUUAUUCAGUUGCUUAGAAAAUGGGAAAGUACAGGACAAAUGACAGGUUAGAAUGCUGAAAAAUUCAAAUAUUAAUUUCAAACAUUAAUUUUGACACACACACACUUGUGUGUGUGUGUGUGUGUGUGUUGUGACUUGAUUCUUUUUCUACUUUACCUUGUAUUUAACUUUUGAAUACUAUGUUGAGUUUGAAAGUAGAUGUUUUUUUAAAAAAAAUAUUUAAUAACAAUUAUAGCUCCUCAUUAACAAUUUAUGUAGUAAUGUUGGGCAUAUACAUAUGUUUUUGUUGAGGGUGUGUGUGUACACACACACACACACACACACACACACACAAAUAACUUUGGCCAUGAUCCAGAUUAUAAUGCAGUACUGUAUAUACAAUGUCCUGCCUUACCUCCUCUCCAGCAAGAAGUAGUUUUUUCUGCUGGCAUCUACUGUUCUUUAGAUCCCAUUCUCAAUUUUUUAAAGGAUUCAAUCUAGCUGAAGACCCGAAUUUCUGGCAAUAAGUUCUGUGGGUGAAAAGUGAACAUAUGGUUAGCUGUACCAUUUUGAAAGCAAUGGAGCUUUGUAUUUACUUUAAAAAAGAGCACCACCUAUCUAAAUCUGGCACUGGGAGUCAGAUUUUUGUGACUCUGAAGUUUAAUGUUGGCCAUGAGACCAACUAGUGUUUCUGGAUUUUGGCAGCCUUUUGAUAAAACAGGUUAAUACUUGAAAACCUUAACCUAUUCAGUAGAGUUGUUUUGUUUUGUUUUUACUUGAAAGCGAGUAGCAGUUCAAAGUCUAAAUAAGCUGUUCAAAAAUAGUAAGAAUACAAGCCUGCCCACAGAGGACACCCUACAUGCAUGAAUAUACAGCAAUUGGGGUCAGUGGGAGGGAGAUCUGUAAACUUCUGUGUCCCCAUACAGCCCUUCUCUGCUUGCUGCAUGGUCUGGUGGAUCAAUAACUUAUAUCAAGGUGAGAGAGAGAGGAUUGGAUGAAGAUACUGAAGACAUGUACAGACCUCCCAUUCACCCUGAUGGAUUGCUGUGCUUCAUGUGCUUCCUUAGGGAAGGAAAAACAGGACUCUGAAAUCUUGGAAAUGCUGUAUGCAUAACUGACUGAUUUGUUCUGUAAGUUGUUGGCUAAAAAAAAUAAAUGGAACCGUGUUCUACUAUAUGACAGUUGAUGACUGACUACCGUUGUGUGGUGCCGAUAAUACUAUAAAAAUGUCAGUGAAGAACUGUGAGGAAAUGCAAGCUACCUACAGUUUGAACGUAGAUAGCUACUUAAAUAAGUUUUGUUCCUUAUGAAGCUUCAAAAUGGCUUGCUGUUUCUUUUGCAUUAGAAUUUCUGAACACUCCACAUCAGGUAAACAAAAUUCCAGAAAUCACUCCUUGGUAAUAGCACUCAUUUUUAAAAGCCCAAUUUUAGGGAGAAGUUGCUAAAUCGUAUAAUCGUAUAUUAUAUUGCUUAGCUUGCCUAAAUGCAUCUGGGUUGGAUGAGACUGGAAUAUUAAGGCAUAUAAAAUUCAAGAAGUUAAAGGAAUGAGGCAUAGAACAUUUUGAAAUAGAUUGAUGAAAAGCAGCAUUGUGGCACUGCUUCCUCCCCAGUGGAGAGUUGCUCCGUAAAUUUAAAUGUGAAUGUGGAAGAACUGGCUUGCUGGUGUUUGACAAGUUGCCUUACUGAAAUACUGAAUUGCUUGAGGAAAACUAAGAAUAAGGCAUUUUUCAAGGAUAAACCAUAGUUGACAGCACAUUUAACUGUAGAAGGUUAUCUCUUGCUGUAUCUUAAAAAACCUUAAUUAUUGCUGUUACAUUUUGGUUGAAGUAAUGGUCGCAUGGUACUCAAGACUGAAUUCCACACUGUGAGAAAAGGAGACACCUGUUGAUCCAGUGUACUCAAAUCAUUGCAAAUUUCCAUAUUCGGAAGAUGCUUGCAACAAUAAGUUCCUAAACUUGCAGCUACAAAUCUGCAGUAUAGAAGUGCUGUGGUGUUUAUAAACCUGUUGGCCUGUAGCUGUCCCACAUAAAUAUUGUAAUGAGUUUUUCACUCAUGAGAGAAGUAAGCAUGACAAGUCUGAACAGCUUCAGGUACAUUUUAAGAGAUGGAAUGGCAGACCUUCCUAGGAUCACAUUUAUGCCACCUUGGGUUCCAUGCAGGAAGAAAGGUGGAAUUUAUAUGUAAGAAAUAAAUUGUAUUGCAUAAAAAAAUAAAUUCCCAGAGAUAAUUGGUCAGUUACAGAUUGCUUUUUUAUAAGGUCUUCUUUUGAUAUGUGAGUCAAGAUAAUAUAAUGGGAUCUUCUUUUGCAGUAAUCAGUGUUACAUGUUAAUCAUCUCCUCUAUGCAUUGACAACACAUAACUUUGGUUCUCAAAAGGUUGCACAGGCUGCCCAUACACUUCUGGGCCAGAUUCAGAGUUCUUGCAUUAAUUUACAAGGCCCUAACAACUUGGGUCCAGGAUACCUCAAGGACUGUCUAAACCAGGCUUCCUCAAACUCGGCCCUCCAGAUGUUUUGAGACUACAGUUCCCAUCCCUGACCACUAGCUAGGGAUCAUGGGAGUUGCAGGCCAAAAACAUCUGGAGGGCCAAGUUUGAGGAAACCUGGCCUAAACCCUUACAUCCCUGCCCAAUCACUAAGGUCGAAGAACAGGCUGGUCCAACUUUUCAUACCAAGUGGACUGUAAGUGUACUUUGACGCUGUCUUGUGCUGCACACCAGGGGCGGAGAGGCCAAAAUUUGACACCCUGUCCACAUGCUGACUUUUCAAAGCCAGGAAAGUGAGGCACCGAGAUUGGAAGGAUAACUAGGCCUGACUUAACGAAAGGCAGCACAAGUGUUGCUGGGGCCUGGGGGAAUGCCAAAUGUUGUGAAGGGCUGCCCUCAGGCCACGUGUUGUACCAGCCAAACUUCAAGGGAGCCACUAUUAGUGGUCUCCCGGGGCUCAGAAACAUUGUACUCAUGAGAAUCUCUGUGUUCAGCAUUGUGGCCCAGUUUUGUGGAACUCCCUUCCGAUUGAGUUCAGUUGAAUUUCCAGUCCCUACCAAUACUUUUCAAAAAAAAUUCAAUAGGAGUUUCAAUUAAAGUUUGGUUUUGAUAUUUUAACUGUUUAAAAAUCUUUUUUUCCUAUUUUAUGUGCAUCCCUUUUAAAUGUUUGUAGUUAAACAGUAUAUAAAUUGUGUAAAGAAAUAAUUCAUAAAUGUUCAGAAGCAGCUUUUGAGCACCAGCUGUGUGGAAAAGGCAGUUACAAUGCCUGUGAAUAUUUAGAGGCAUCUAUCUGGCUGCUGUAGAAGCAUAUUGCUGGACUAAAUGGACUAAACCACCUGUCUCCUUGAUCCUUGCCCAUCCUGCCCAUCCUGGCUAAAAAAAGCAAGCCGGGAAGGGCUGGGCAAUGGGCUCUGCAGGGUGGUGAAUGCUUCCCUCUGUGAGGGAAACCAUCUUUAGACCCGGCCAGUAUGGCCAACUAUCGCCCAGUCUCAAAUCUUCCAUUCUUGGGCAAGGUGAUUGAGCGCGUGGUUGCUGAACAACUCCAGGCACGCCUGGAGGAUGCGGACCAUUUGGAUCCCUUCCAGUCGGGAUUCAGGCCUCACCAUGGGACUGAAACUGCCUUGGUCGCGCUGGUUGAUGAUCUCCGGCGAGCUAGGGACAAAGGUGAGAGUUGUUUCCAGGUUCUGCUGGAUCUCUCAGCGGCCUUUGAUACAAUCGACCAUAACAUCCUUCUGGACCAUCUAGAGGGGCUGGGAGCUGGGGGCACUGUUAUACAGUGGUUUCGCUCCUUCCUCCUGGGCCGUGUUCAGAAAGUGGUGGUGGGGGAUGAGUGUUCAGACCCCUGGGCCCUCACUUGUGGGGUGCCUCAGGGUUCCGUCCUCUCCCCAUGCUUUUUAACAUCUAUAUGAAGCCGCUGGGAGAGAUCAUCAGGGGUUUGGACUGGGUGUCCAUCAAUAUGCAGAUGAUACCCAGCUCUACCUCUCUUUCAAAUCAGAACCAGUGAAGGCGGUGAAGGUCCUGUGUGAGUGCCUGGAGGCGGUUGGAGGAUGGAUGGUGGCUAAUGGAUUGAAGUUGAAUCCUGACAAGACAGAAGUAUUGUUUUUGGGGGACAGGGGGGCGGGCUGGUGUGGAGGACUCCCUGGUCCUGAAUAGGGUAACUGUGCCCCUGAAGGACCAGGUGCGCAGCCUGGGAGUCAUUUUGGACUCACAGCUGUCCAUGGAGGCGCAGGUCAAUUCUGUAUCCAGGGCAGCUGUCUACCAACUCCACCUGGUACGCAGGCUGAGACCCUACCUGCCCGUGGACUGUCUCGCCAGAGUGGUGCAUGCUCUAGUUAUCUCCCGCUUGGACUACUGCAAUGCACUCUACGUGGGGCUACCUUUGAAGGUGACUCGGAAACUACAACUAAUCCAGAAUGCGGCAGCUAGACUGGUGACUGGGGGCGGCUGCCGAGACCACAUAACACCGGUCUUGAAAGACCUACAUUGGCUCCCAGUACGUUUCAGAGCACAAUUCAAGGUGCUGGUGUUGACCUUUAAAGCCCUAAAUGGCCUCGGCCCAGUAUACCUGAAGGAGCGUCUCCACCCCCAUCGUUCUGCCCAGACGCUGAGGUCCAGCGCCGAGGGCCUUCUGGCGGCUCUCUCAUUGCGAGAAGCAAAGCUACAGGGAACCAGGCAGAGGGCCUUCUCGGUAGUGGCGCCCGCCCUGUGGAACGCCCUCCCAUCAGAUGUCAAAGCGAUAAAUAACUACCUGACGUUUAGAAGACAUCUUAAGGCAGCCCUGUUCAGGGAAGUUUUUAAUCUGUGAUAUUUUACUGUAUUUUUGGUUUCUAUGGAAGCCGCCCAGAGUGGCUGGGGAAACCCAGCCAGAUGGGCGGGGUACAAAUAAUAAAUUAUUAUUAUUAUUAUUAUUAUUAUUAUUACUAAAUAGUCCUUUUAUCUGAUCCAUCAAUGCAUUGGUCUUUGAUUGAGUGGAUAUUUUCCCUCUUAUUGCAUUGCAGUUAUCUGUACUGCUGUUUUGCUAGUUUCGUUAUUGAUGGAUUUUGUAGUUUUACUUUAUGAUUUUAAUAUACCGGUAAUUUGUCCUUGUUAUAAUUGGGAUAGAUUUGUAGUGUGCCUUUGGACCAUUUGCUGGACAAAUAAACAUUAAAAAUUUUCAUGAUCAGCAGACUUUCUUGCACUUAGGCUGAACUUCAUUGGCUAAUUAUAAUCUUGUACAGAACUCCCUGAUGUCUACUAAUAAGUGGGCAACUGAGUAACUCCAAGUUACCCAAACUUAAAACUGCUUAGGCUUCUAAAUAAAUUUUGGGUAGGUGUAUACAGCUUUGUGUUUUGCCUUGUGAAAUAAACUCACUUGUGUGUUGGCUGCAAAUAAAAAUUUGAAAAUGUGUAUUAAAAGUUUGUUAACCUCAUUUAUACAAACAAAUCUUCCACUUGUUAAUGCAAUUAAAUGUGUUGGAAGUGAUUCUCAUUUCAUAUAAUACUUGUCAGCUUCCUAUCAUUUGUUACGCAAUUGAUUGUUAGAUAUAUUUAAUUCAUGUGGAAAGGUAGGCUAUUUCCAAAAUGAUCCACUCAGUACUCAAGUAAAAUAUGUUCCAGUAACUGAAAGUUCAAGUAAAUAAAAGGAUUAGAGCUUCCUGAAGUUUUCUUCCUGACAAUAGGGCGCUUAUUGUUUGAGACUUAGGAUGUUUUGAUCUGGUAAUGUUAUUACAAGGCAGCUUUUGACUUAGUGAUAGUAUGCUAGAGCUAAAGGGAAGAAUGUAUUUAGUACAGAAGACUUAAGUUUUCAUUACUUUAGGAAGCCCUUGCCCCUCAUGUCUUCUGUCAUAUGUGUCUGAUAUUGCCCAUCUUUUGCCCUUGAGGGAAUCAUCUUAGGGCUAACCCACACUUACCUUUCCUCUCCUCUUUCCAGGCAUGGUCUGUGCUUUAAAGCUCUGUUUCCAAAUGCCCCCCUUUUUUGCUCUGUGGCUUUCCCUGUGAAAACCUAUUCUUUAUAGCUCAGUCAGAGCCUUUGCAAACCUUACUAUCUUAGGGUCAAUUUAAACAUUUAUCAGAAUUGGGUGGUAAAACUUUUCCUGGAUUGUUAUUUUGCAGUUGAGGGCAACACAUGUUUGAAUGCCUUCCAUAUAAAGUACAUACAUCCACUCACCCAUCCACAAAAAACCUAGCAUUCUAAGGAAAGCUGUUCAACCCCAGCUAUCUCUAUGCUAACUUGCUUUGUGCAGGUAGGAGAACAUUAAAAUAUGCAGCCUGAAGUAAUACAGUAUUAAGAAAAGCAGUGCCUCCAAGUUUUGAUCCCAGCUGGUCCUGGGGUCUCUUAGCUACAGAUGCCAGUGAUAUAACCUGGGAUAUUGCUUAUACAUGCAAAGCAUUAACUGUAUGCUAUAAACUGCUAAGUUGUGGCUGUGCUACUUCAACCAAAUAGGUGACUCUAUAGAAGCUCCAUAUACUACUAGUACUAUAAGUUUCCAAAUUAUUGGUCAAAUUUAAUUGUUUCAGUGUUUGCAACAAAAAGACAAAUCUUUUGGUAUUGCCAAGAUUAUUUUGUGUUAUAACAGCAAAACUUCAAAGUGAGUCAAUACCUUCGAAGCAAGGCAGAACUACAUCAAAGAGGCAACCUACAACACAGCUAUGUCCUCCUUUUGCAAAAGAGAGCAACAGAUCCCUGGCUGGUUUGAGCCCACCAUUUAAAGGACAUUGAGCCUGUUAUUGCUGCAAAGCACCAGGCUCUUGUGAGCUACAAGGGUGUGUCCUACAAAAAGAGGCAAGGAGCAAUGUCCAGCAGAUUGCCAGACAAUAUGCCAGCAACUGUUGGCCAAAGCCCCUGGAUAGGACAGGAUCCCAACAGAAGUGCUGAAAGCCGGCUUCAGUUGCUUCCUCAUGAUACACCUCCACAGCCACCUCUUGCAGUGUUGAGAACAAGGAUCCGUGCCACAAGACAUGUGCGACUCCAGCAUUGUGACCCUCUAAAAGAACAAAUGUUACUUCCAUGACUCUAAGGACUACCAUGGAAUCUCCCUGUUGAGUACUGUGGGGAAAGCCUUUGCUUGUGUAGAUCUCAACAUAUUACAGUUACUCAUUGGCAGGGUCUUUCCCAAGUCAAUGUGUCUUUAGAGCUCAGAGGUCAACAUGAUUUUAACAUUGCAUCAGCUACAGGAGAAAUGCUAAGAGUAGAGAUGUCCCUUGUAUGUUGCCUUCAUAGACCUGAUGAAGGCCUUUGACCUCUUCAGCCACUGCUCAUCAAGACAUUCCUAGUAUGUUUGCACUCCUGUCUCAGCGACAUCUAGGCUGGCUUGGUCAUGUCAAUAGAAUAAAAGAUGGUAGGAUCCCCAGGGAUGUGCUCUACAGGCUUCAGGCAACAAGGCCUGUUACAAAAAUGUCUGCUCAUAAGACAUGAAGGCACAUGGCAACAUCAACCCUGCCAUGUGGGAAUCCCUUGCAGAUGACUGCAGUGCCUGGAGACAAUCAGAUUGUGUAUCCACAGCAGUGACUAGAGGAGGAAUGACCAUUGGGAGGAGCAUAGGAAGAAUAAACGCCAUGGUGCAUCUGCAGCAGCACAACUGGACACCUUCAUCUGCCCCCGCUGCAACAAAACAUGUCUCUCCCAUAUCAGUCUCUGCAGCCACAGCAGACGCUGUAACUCUCAAAUGGUUUUACUUCACCCUCAAAGGUGCACUCCUCCAUUGUCUCUGAGACACAAUGGUGAGAAGCGUGAAAGGGUUGCUGAAAGGAAAUUUGCACAUUUCAUACACAUUGCAUUUUGCAUACGUAAUCGUGCAGGUACAUACUUCAACUUAAUAUUCCUCAUGGCUUCUACCUCAUGUACACAUGAUGUGAGACUUCCAGUUUGAAACUUCUCAAAGUUAUUUCGAAGCAUUUUUUCAAAUAGAACAUCUUGAUGCCAGCAACUAUUUGGGGGUUUUCAGUCACUUUUAUUCCAAAAUCUAGAUACAACUACUAUUUAUACAUAACACAUUAGUCAAAAUAGUCAGCUAUUCAGUUUGAUAUUGUGGUAUUACAAAAUAAUUAAAUGUUUUUAACUAUAAGUGGAUUUUUAUACAGAAGGCCAGUUAUAAUAAAGCACCAAUUUCCAGAUCCAGGUAGACUUUCUAAAACAAAUUCAUUAUUAAUUGAUGGUUUUCUGCAUAGUGUAGCUUUUAUGCAUGUGAGACAGAAAUAUGUACGUACAUCUUCAGAUUUGUUUCCCCCCCUCCAGUGAGAAAUAAAAUAAACACUCUUUUCCUUGCUUAGGAUUCCUUUCCAUUUUAGUUCCAUCAGUAUUCAGUUAUGUGCACCUGAUAGUGUUUUCAUGACUCUCCAUUAAUCUAAAAGUAUUUAUAGCAUUAUUUGUAUCAUUUGUACAGGAAAAGAAUGCAGGUGGCUUUCUGGUCAAUUUUGUUGUGAGUGUAUGUUCCCUAAUUUUCUAGAGAACAUUUCAGUAUAGUGUAGUGUGUUCUUCCCCUUGGGGAAAUUGUGUGAUGAGUUAAACUUGGAUUUUUUCCAAUAGUUGCAGAUCUGUGUGUCAGACAGCAGCAACACAAUUCAUUGUUUGAUCAUUUUUGCUAAGUCUGCAAUGUUCAUUGGGGAGUUUCAAAUGCAGAAUCAACCUGGAUCAUUUUAUGUAUUUUGUACUUUAAAGGAUCUGCUAAUUACUUUAUUUGUCCCAGUGCUAUUUUAGUUAUUAGAAAAAUUAUAUUUCCGUGUAUUAAUAUUUUCAAGGCUCUAGUUUCAGCGUUUGUUCUUCCUUUUAAAUAUUGAUUUAUAAUGUCAAACUUUAUCCCCCCCCCCAUGUCUAGGUUGGGGUCGGGGAGAGAAAAUUGAGGUGCUGUGACUUGGACUAUAUUGAACAUUUCAACUUUGUAAUAAUCAAAUUAGAAUUAAAAUUUGAAGGUUUACAUUAAAAAUCUCAAACGUUCAGAGAGGAUGUGCAUUUAUGGUAGAGAUUUUCAUCUAUACAUAUGCCUAUCUCUUCCUAUACCUGGCUCCCUGUGAUACGAGUUUGUCAACGUGCUCUUAAAUUUGAAAAUAGGUUGCAAUGCAGCAUGGCUGACUGAUCAGGUGCAGAGAGUAAGAAAGGUUCUCUGAAUCAGGACAUACCAUAUUUUCCCAUGUAUAACCCCUACCCUCGUGUAUAAGACUCCCCCCUAUCUCCGUCCCUCUGGGGGGAGAUUGCUCACCCCCGCCUGACCAACGCUGCUAAACGAACAUGGUGCAGAAGCCGCCAAUCGUCUGCCCAAUCACCGCUACAGCAACCAAUCGACAGCAACACUUGCCGCAGCCACCAAUCAGCUACCCUAUCAUCGCUGACAAUCUCCUGCUCGUGGCACAAACCAAUCCCCUGUCCCCACUCUGCACUAUCCAUGUAUAAGACGAGUCCCAAUUUUAAAAGGUAUAUUAUCAUAAAAAAACCUCGUCUUAUAUACAGAAAAGUAUGGUAGAUCUGAAAGUAACAGACGUGGCUGUGAAGUAAGUAGCUUUGAGUUCAAUUUCACCCACACAUCCAACACUGGCUUAGAGGAGAUAACUCUAUAAUCUUGCUUAUGCAUACUUGCUAUUCCCACAAUAUGACAAGGGAGAGAGAUUUUGGGUUUACAGUUAAAAAUCAAUUCAAUGUGAACCAAUAGUUUUGGGCUGGGGAUCAAAAACCCUAUUUAUUUUUAGAUUACAUUAAUGAGAACAUGAUUUCUGACACCCGAAAAGUGUUAUUGCACCCUAGCUUGGUAAGAUCAUAUUGAGAGUAGAGCUCUUACGUAGGCACUAGAAAUGAGAAAAGUUUGAGAAAGUCAGAGAUGCAAAAGCAGUGGCUAUUUGUUUUCAGGUCAGGGGACACAUUGACCCAUGGUCAACCCUGGGGUGUGUGUGUGUGCUGAAGUGCAAAAUUAGGUGAGGCAAAAGUGUAAAAGUGGGUAUGGUGAGAACUGCAGUUCUCAAGUCUACUUUCUCAGAGGCUUUUCCAGCAAUGAUUCUACAUUAUAUUUGAAUCAUUUUUAUUAUUCAUUAUUAAUUUGGUAAAAAUAUUUUUAAAGAACUCAUUUACAGGGGGUCUUGGACUCACACCCUUUUGACAUCAUCCAUGGGUGAUAGAUUGAUGGAUUGUUUGAGUCUCAUAAACAGUGUCUAGCAAAAGAAGACCUGGCUUAUACAACAGUGCUUUUCUCAACUGCAUGUAAUGUAAUUGAAACUGACUUGGCAGGAAGUUGUGUUGAAGCUGACAAGCUUGAUUAUGGAACUUUAUUUUGUGUUUGGAUGGGUGGAAUCUAUUAACUGUGAGGCCAUUAUUGUAAGUUAAUAUUUGUUAGACAAAGGUAUUCCAAUUGGAAAGCAGGUAAAUUGUGUGUUUAACACCAACUUGGGGCUUCUGUGUCUGAAACUGGAAAAUAAUUGCAGCAUCUCAACAAGUUUUUAAGAUUAUCAACUGACAUUUGAUUCUUGCUAUCUGAUGUGUAAAACCUUACUAAAAUUUUAUGAUAUUUUAACUGAAAAGGUCAAAGCCUUUCUAGUACACUACUUGUGUGGUAAAGCAUUUAUUGUUUUCUACAGGAUAAUAUUUCCAUAAAGGCAGUAUUUAUGGGAAAUGUUUUAUAUCGUAAUGUUUCAGCUUUAAACAUUGGAAGGCUGAAUUGUUGUUCUAGGACCCGAAUAUGCGGAAAUUUAUUCAGAGUUGGAAUUUUCAUCAUCCUGUUCCUCCCUGGCUUACUCUAAUAAAGUAGUUUUGUCUUUUUUGCUUGUGAUUUUUCUGUUGAAGUUUCAUUCAGGAAGGCCGUCGUUUUGCCUUGCUAAAUCUAGACUUGUGAAUAAAAGAAAGGGUUAUGGUGGCAAAGCAAAUUGGAAUGCAGGUAAAGUUUCAAAACUAGAAUUUCUGUAUUGCAGAUAUUUCCUCAAAUUCCCAUUUGUUUUAGCUAUGCCCAUAAUUUGUUUCAUUCAGGAAGAUAUUUUGUCUUGCUGUGUUUAAGUUUUGUUUGGCUGAACAGGUUAAAGUUGUUGGUUGUAAUGCAGGUCUAGUUUUUUCCAUACUAGUUAUUACAUAUAAAUUAUUAUUUACACUGUUCUUCAAUGCAUGGUAUUAUAAACCAAUAACAAUAAAACAGUCUGAUUCUAAAACAGUAAGUUCCUCAAUAUGCAUAAUUAUAUUUCUUAUCCCAUGUCAAGACAUGGCAGGAGUCGGUAUGGUUGCACCUGCAGAGACCCAUGGCCUCAGAGAAGCCCUGCCACUGACCAAAGACAGUAGGUCAAUAUCACAAUUCUUGAUGAGUAAAAUGACAGGUGAAAGCAGAGCUAAUAAUAAUAAUGAUAAAUAAUUUAUUAUUAUUAUUACCCCAUCCCAGCCACUCUGGGUGGCUUCCAACCAAAUAUUAAUACAGCAUCAAACAUUAAAAACUUCUCUAAACAGGGCCACCUUCAGUUGUCUUUUAAAAGUAAAAUAGUUGCUUAUUGCAUCUAUUUUGCAAUAUACUAUUGCAAUAGUUGCUUAUUACCCAGAGAUUCAUGAUUUGAUACUAAUUCUAGGCCUCUUUCCAAUGAGAAAUGGAGGCAAAGCAACUAUGGAAUUAUGAGUGGCAGAGCUUUAGGAAAACUGGGAGUUGGGUCAAAUGUCUACCCUCCCUGGAGGUGACCUUUGGGGAAAGAGGUUCUCCUGUUGGAUAUGGGGUACCCCCAAUCCAGGUUUGCCAAGGGCAUCCCUUCCAAACAAAUAGGCCAAACAAUUAGAGAAGCACUAUCUUACCUAAAUUGAGUAUGUCAAUUUUUGCCUUCCCCCUCAGUUUGACCUGUGGCAUCCUUUGAAAGCAGCCCGAAAGGCAUUGCAAUAGGUGUUUCAAGAACACAGUAAGAUUCUUCAGUAUCAAACCAGUGGCCCAUUUAGUCCAAUAUCCUCUUCUCAUAGUGGACAACCAGAUGCCCAUGGGAAGCUCAAAACCAGGACCUGAGUGCAACGGCAUCCUCCCAACUUGCAAUUUCUAUAGGGGGCUGGUUUGAGGAAGUCUGCUUGACUGGGAAUUCUCCCUUCCUCCAAACACAAGCAGGGUACUCUUUAGGGCAAAAGGGUACUUGCAGGGGUUGGGUUGAAGUGGUUGUUCAAAGCAGGGCUUAGCCAGGGUUCUUGCUCUGGUUUUAAUCAGAACUGCAGAGAAUUAUUGAGCUUCUGAUACUUGCAUUUCCCUUUGAGGUGAGCAAAAUGAGCUCAAGAAGCUCAUUUUGGGGCCUUAGCCCGGUGGACCUUGCCAGUAUCUGUUUACAAAAACUUGUAUCUGGAUGGGCAGUUUUCAACAUUAUUUUUUCCAUUUAGCAGACACUGAGUAACUCUUGUUCUCUGUGUGAUGUACAGAAACUACUGAAAACAAUUUAAAGUUAGGAAAUCCAUAUAUAGUGGUGCCUCGCAAGACGAAAUUAAUUCGUUCCGCGAAUUAUUUCGUCUAGCGAAUUUUUCGUCUUGCGAAGCACGGUUUCCCAUAGGAAUGCAUUGAAAAUCAAUUAAUGCGUUUCUAUGGUCAAAAAAAGUCCAAACAAAGCCAAAUUUGGUACAACAAGAGUUUAUUAAGUGCUCUUUAAAGUCACACAUACUGUAAAGAGCAUUUCAAAAUUCAAAUCCAGAAUUUUUUUUAAAAAACAGCAGAGUGGCCCAAUGGUCACAGAAAAUCAUAAAAAUGCAGGAAAAAAACCACAAGCUUCCAGAUUCUUGCAAACCCCUCCCCAACUGUUCCCCCAGCCACCCAGCACACACAAAUUCAAAUCCAGAAUUUUUUUUAAAAAACAGCAGAGUGCCCCAAUGGUCACAAAAAAUCAUAAAAAUGCAGAAAAAAACACACAAGCUUCCAGAUUCUUGCAAACCCCUCCCCAACACCAAGUCCUUGAAUUCCAAACACCCCAACCCAAAAUCCAACCCCCCCCAAAAAAAGUUUUAAAAGCUUAAUUUACCAAAUGGCUGCAAAGAAGUUUUGGAAAGCUUCAAAAAUCACCAAAGUCUUUAAAAACCUCAAAAGGCUACUAUGUACACUGCGUUCUAUGAGUUGCUCCUCGAAGUCAAGUCGCAACUGUAUUAACGGUGUUAAGAAAAAGGAAACAAACUUGCAAGACGUUUUCGUCUUGCGAAGCAAGCCCAUAGGGAAAUUCGUCUUGCGAAGCAGCUCAAAAAAUGGAAAACCCUUUCGUCUAGCAAGUUUUCCGUCUUGCGAGGCAUUCGUCUUGCGGGGCACCACUGUAAAACAAACAUAAUUCAGUAAAGCAUUCAAGUUCUUUUUAACGAUAACACUUUGGCUGGUACUGCUUUUUAAGUCCCCUUUAGUAGGGCAACAUGACUAUCUGUGCCUUCCAAAAUCCCUACUUCUACAUAUCUGCUGUACAAGAACCCUAUUAUUGAAUAUAUCCCCUUGAAUAUAUAAAAAAUAUAUAUAAAGAAAGAGUGAGUGAGUGUUACACCUUUGAUUUUACUUUUUCAGUGUUUUUGUGUAGUGAGGAGUUGAUCCAUUGUUCUGGCUAACAGCUUAAGCAAUUAAUAAAAUACUGCUACCUCUUUAAAUGACCUCAAGCCUGAUUGAUGCAAAGUUUUAUGCUGGAAUAGUGCCAGAUCCACAAGUACAUGCUUCUGGUUCCAUUGCUUUCGCUGGAGGACCACGUGUCCUCAGUGGUGAGGACUGCUCAUCACAAGCUUCAACUAGUACACCAGUGAUGCCUGUUUCUGGAUAGGAUUAGCUUAGCCAACUAGAACCAAUACAUUAGUAACCUUAAGACUCCGCCAGUUUGUGUGGCUACCCUUAAGGCUGGUUUGGAAGUUGCAGCUGACCCAGAAUGAAGUGGCUUGGUUGCUGAGUGAGGGGCCUUUCCCAGCAUGUAUAACGCAUGUGCUGAAAGAGCUGCACUGCUUGCUGGUUUGUUAGCAAGCAGGGUUAAAGGUUAUUUCAUUAACAUAUAAGGCCCCAAAUAGCUCAAUAUAAGAUUACCUGAAAGAACAUCUCUCCCCGCUUCCGCCACCCUAUAGACUCAUUAUAUCUCUACUGUGGCUGAAGGAGACCCUCUUGUUUGUGUUGCAACCUGCAGAGUUCCGUUUUGAGGCAACAUGGAUAUGGGCCUUUAUCUGUGGUUGCACCUGUGCUGUGGAAUGAACUUCUCUCUGCAGUAUGGCAGGCAGAAACAAUGAUCUAUGUCCAUUGCUUAUUUUUCCUCUUCGCCCAGUGCUUUCGCUCACCAUUGAUGCCAGUUUUUAAUGACUAUAGUACUGUAAUGACGGUCUUCUAUUUUUUUAUGGAUAUGUUUUUUUUCUUUGUUGCAUUCUUCUACUGUUGAAUGCUGUUUUGGGAUUCUUAAAAAUGAUAGAAAUGUUUUUAUUAAAUAAUACAUCUGAUAUCUCCAAUGACUCCUGCGCUGCCUUUCCAAAGAACUGUAGAAUUGUACCCCAAAUGAUUCUUUACGCUCUGUUUGAAAUGCAACACUUGUUCUUACACAUUUCAAGCAGGAACUAGUUUAUGAAGGCAAAAUAGAUCUGGUCCACAUGACUAAACUUUCAUGAUAUCAGAGGUAAAACAUAUUUGCAGUGCUUCAUGUAGAUUUUUAUAGUUAAAUAUUUUUUUCUUUCCUUUUCAGAAAAACAAGAUUGUCUGCAUCAUGUUGUUCAUGAACGUUUGGGCGAACUCCUGCGUGUGCUAAAGGCAAUCAUUAGCAAGCACCAAUGUCUUAAUUCAGUUGAUAUUCUAAGUGCUGCAGGAACAGUCAUCGCAAAAGUGAAAGGUAAGGAAAAGGAGAACUUUUGCAACUUGAUAUAGUAAGUAAAGUUGCCUUGUGAUGUAAUACAGAUGUUGCUGUUAGCACUUCUCCUGUAUUUACUUCCAGAGACACUCAACCAUAUAAUUUGCUAGAGGAGGGAAAUCCCAAACCAAUCCCUCAGACAUGUGGGGGAUUCCUAAAUGAGGAACAGAGCUAUUCCUCUCUUGCUAGCACACAGCAGGUGCAUGCUAGACUGCAAAGUUUGUAGGCUUACAAAGUUAGAUUAACACUGUUUUAAACAGCUCUGUACUACAACAGAACUGCGGGACUUAGCUUGUUUAUAGCUAUUCUGGAGGGAUCUUUGUUUAAUGUUUCAGCUUAUCCAAGUCUUUACUCAGACCAAUACACUCAAAUUGCCCAGUGAGAAAAAGGUCGUUUACUGCUAUAAAUUAAAAGUACCAGUCUGUUUGUGUUGCAUGUUUUCAUUUAAGGCAGUGAGAUUUAUGUCUGUACAGGUAGCGACCAUUGAACACGCGUCCAGUUGGCGCAUGAUUGCUAACACGUGGGUUAUUUUGUACUCAUAAGAGGGCAGAAUGGGGGCAGGGCAGGGUGUAAUGGGGUGGGGAACACUCCGCUGACACACACAGUAGCUGGGAACAGAAUGCCUGUGCGGUAUGGUCGCCACCUGUAUUUGAAAUAUGUGAUAUGCUGGUAAAUUGUAUGCAUAUUGUUGUGUAGGAUUGAAGCUAGAUGUACAGGGUUUAUCAGCUUAUUUGGAGGAACUGUUGUUGCAUAACUUUGGGUUCAAGACGGGAAAGAGAAACCACAAGUGUAAGAACAACUAUGUUGUGAAACUGUUGUGAAACUGUGAGACUACUAUUAUUAACAAAUAGCAACUCUCAGGAGCUUUGCUGAUCAUCAGCCAGUUCUCGAUAGUGCCAUUUAAUAAGCAUGCAAUUUAAUAACCAUUUAAUAACCUAGUUAUUAAAUAGUGCCAUUUAAUAACCUAGCCUCUGCAAGCUACUCAGGCUUGGUUUUCCCCUUUAGCUGGUCCUGGAGAAAUUGAGACAGCUCUUUCCUUUUCUUGGAUCUAGACCAUGGUUUCCCAAACUUGGAUCUCCAGCUGUUGUUGGACUACAACUCUGAACAUGCCUAGUUAGCAGGGCCAGUGGUCAGGGAGGAUAGGAAUUGUUGUCCAAAAACAGCUGGAGACCCAACCCAACCCUAGACUAAGAGUAGGGAACCUUACAGUUUCAAAGCCACAUUUUCUAAUGGCUAACCUUCAAGCUAGGGGCACAUGCCAACAGUGGGUACAGUCAAAACAAAAGUGGUAGAACCUAUGUAGACAGGGCAGACUUGACAGAGUACAUAUGUUGUCAUAUGUACAUGGAGCACAUAGAAUCACAGUUGAAAAGGACCCCAAGGGUCAUCCUGUCCAAUCCCCUGCAAUGCACAUCCAUGUACACGCAUGCAAUAUGUUGCUUCCCCUCCCAUAGCAAUUACAUUUCACUUUUUAAACACAUUAUUCAAAUCCAGUUGUCAGUGGGGGAUUUUUUAAAAUGAAGAUUGCAGCUGGGAAGGGUUCUGUUGUUGGGUUCUGUUGGCUUUUUUCAAGCCAAAUUGCUUGGGAGCAAGGGAAUGCUAUGGGCCAUAUGGGGAGCCCUCAUGGGCCACUGGGUCUUAGCUCCUGGUCUAAAAGCUACUAUCAUUGCAGCCAAAAUAGCAUGCCUGCUUCAGAAUAUCCAGGGAGCUCCAUCAGUAUUGGGUCUCCAUCAUGCCAUCAGAACUACGAAACAACACAGGAUUUGUGUAGAUCAGCAGUGCAUGGCAGUAGUCCAAGUGGGGGCAUGUACCACUCUGGUGAGACAGUGCACACGCACACACUGUUCCCUGUGCCUGGCAUACGUUUAUGCCACCCAGGGAUCGUCUGCAAGGGAUACCUGGUCAGUCUGUGGUCUUUGGACCCACAUACAGCACUGUGCCAAAAUCAUGUCAUUGGAGGAAGCCCAACAGGAGGAGAAAAAUAGGAAUGGAAACUGAAAUGGAGUGAUAGACUGAGGGGGGGGAGCUUUCUUCAAGUUCAGUUGAAGACCACUAGCAAGAGCAAUCUCCCCUUCCUCCAGCUGUAUCAGGUGGAGAGAAAGAAGGUGGAGAGAAGAGACGACAUCAUCUGCCACUGACUUAACAUAAGUAGAAUUUCCAUACAUUUUGAAGUCAAGAAAGUACUUUUUUGGGGGGGGGUGGAAACUUAGGGGGAAAUUUAAAUAUAUGCAAUAGGUAAAGGGACCCCUGACCAUUGGGUCCAGUCGUGGCCGACUCUGGGGUUGCAGUACUCAUCUCGCUUUAUUGGCCAAGGAAGCCGGCGUACAGCUUCUGGGUCACGUGGCCAGCAUGACUUAGCCGCUUCUAGCGAACCAGAGCAGCACAUGGAAACACUGUUUACCUUCCCGCCGGAGUGGUACCUAUUUAUAUACUUGCACUUUGAGGUGCUUUCAUACUGCUAGGUUGGCAGGAGCAGGGACUGAGCAACGGGAGCUCACCCCGUCGUGGGGAUUCGAACCGCCGAUCUUCUGAUCGGCAAGUCCUAGGCUCUGUGGUUUAACCCACAGCGCCCCCCGUGUCCCUCAAUAUAUGCAAUAGUCCUGCAUAGAGAAUUUAAAAAUAACAGUUAAUCUGUGACAUAACCUGCCCACCUUUCCUGCUGCAGACGUCAUUUGACCAACUCUCAAGCUUGUGUUUUGUUCUGUAGGUGCUGAGCAACAGAGUAGGAAGGCAGGAGUUACAUAUCUUCAAGCCUUUAUUAUGAGGGUUGGGGGUGGACUUUCUGCCAAACCUUUGCCUAGCUCUAGAAAGUUCAGAUGUUACUCUGUUUAGGAAUAUAACCAUAGAAGGGUCAGCUGGUAGAGCACCAGCUUUGCAUGUAGAAAGGUCCAUGUUCAGUCCCUGAUAUCUCCAGGUAAGUCUGGAGACAUCCCUUGUUUGAAACCACAGAGAGCUGUCAGUGUGGACAGUAUUGAGCUAGUUAGGGUGGCUGCAUGUCCUCUUUUUCCAGGAUGCGUCCUCUUUUUCAGGAUUAAAAUUUCUGUCUGGACGGAUUUUUAAAAUUUGGCAAAAUGUCCAGGUUUUUGGAGGGGUUGUUGUUUUUUAUAUUUGUUUAUAGCAAUCUGAUUUUAAAAAAUAAAAACAAUCUUAAAAGCCCCACGUGUCACGCUCCCACUCUGCCGUUUUUCAUGUAUGGAAUGGGAGCACUCUGCAGUGUGCCCGUGUCCUCUUCCCCGGGGCAAUGAAGAGCGGCGGCUGUAGGCCAGUGUUAUGGUCACAUGGGUAUUUGUAGUUGCGGUGCCUGCUUCUCUACUCCGGUGGGCUAUUUAGAGUUAAAAACAUUGCUACUAGCAGUAUAUCACAGCUUCUAUAGCCUACAUAUAUAGUAGGGAUAUUUAAAAUGAGAGUUGUCUUAGAGAUCCAUAGUUAAAAGUAGAAGUCAGCAAAUGUCUCCUCUUUUUUUUUUUUUUAAAUGAUAUUUAUUGGGGGGAAUUUUUUUUUUUUAAAGUUACAAAAGAAAAACAAAGUAGAAAAAGAAAAACAAGCCACUUCCUACCAUACAUAUACAAAUUCAAAAUAACAAAAAAAAAAAAAAUACACCACAAACAUUUAAAAACAUUUAAAAACAAAUCCAUUAUUUUCAACUCCUCAACUAUCAUUACCCUCUUUCCUUGACCUCCUCCUCCUCCCCUUCCUUGUAUCCUGGUUGUUAAUUGUCACAGCAAAUCCUUUCCAUAUUUCAUAAUAUUCUGUCAUUACAUUACCUUAAACUAUUUUAAUCUUAUCUUACUAUAAAAAACCUUGAAACUUAAAACUUAAAUCUUAUUUUACCAACUUCUCAUAACCAUAAUAUUCUUGCAUAAUUCUUUAAACAUUUUUACUAAAGCCAAGUAAUUUCAUUCCAACAUUUUUCUAACAUUCAUCAAUUUUGUAAAACAGUCCUAGUAGUGAAAAAGAGAAAUAAAAACAAAUCCAAUCUUCAUCCAGCGUCCCUUCCUCCUGGUCCCGGGUUUUGUCAGUCCUUGUUAUCCCAUCGAUCUGGCACAUUAACCUGGUAUCCUAAUAUCCGAGGCCCUUAAGUCUCUUCCAUGUCCCUUCCGCAGCUCUUCUUCAUAUUUGUAACUGUAUUUUCCCUUGUCUCCUGCUCGUUUCACUCGUGGGAACUCCAGCUUAGCAAUAUUUUUGACCCUUCUCGACAGAUCAGCCCCUUUUCCAUAAUCGACACUAAAUUCCAUGUGGUAUUUAAAAACAUGUUUCAAAAUCCCUCCAAAAUUGAGAGCCCCCACAACCCCAAACAUCUCACGGCCCAUUGCCAGACUUGAAAAGUCCAAACAUCCCUGCAUAGGAGGGUCUAUCCAACCCCCCAUUUCCAAACUAAACCAAACUUUUUCUUUCCAAAUCUGGCUUUUUCCAAGUUCAUUUGUCAAAUCCGAAAGUUCAUAUUCCUGUUGGGCCUGUUCUGUCAGGGCACACUCCUGAUUUAAUUCCUGGGUGGGCUCCACAUAUUUUCCCACUGCCUGUUCAAAAUUUCCCACUGCCUGUUCAAAAUUUCUAAUCGAAUCAGCCAUCAAAUUCGUCUUCUCAUGUAGCUGUUCCAGUAGGGCAUUUGUUUUAUAGAAAGCACACAACAGAGCUUCUGAAUACAUUGUCCUGAAGGUCAGAUGUCUAUUCCCACAACUGUAAUCUGUAACAGCUGCCAGCUCCCAGGAGUUGGUUACAGUUUCACAGUCUCCCUCUAGGGGGAAAACUUCUAUUUAAUCUUUCUUUUAAAGACAAGUCUAGCAACAGAGUUUCCUUUUUUCAGAUAUUUUGUCAAUAUUUGUUCCUUUAAGGUGCGAAAGGAAACAAUGAAAUCGCUGUGUUUCUGUUCUUUUAGCUAUCUGUCAAAAGCGUUUGUCUCUGGUCAAUGAGCUUCAAACGUCAGUCCUGACACCCCGCUCCAGGGUCAGGACGAUGGAAAGUUACUUUACUUUAAACUCACUUCUGCAGGUUUAAACAGUCCAGAAAAGAUCCCCUUCUUCUCCUGCUGCCGAAGGGGUUCAACAAUUUUAAAUGAUGAAAGCCAAUCCUUUAAAAGCGAUUUUCUGAGCUCUAGUUUACGUUGUCUUUGCUUUAUUCUGUCUACAAAGAAACGGAAGGCUGACUUCCUGUUUAGACCUUCCCGUUUCAGUACCAAAUUGAAGUAAAUUUUUAAAUCCAAUUCCUUUCUGCUCGCAAAUCCUUAUUUAAAGUCCAAUUUGUUCAAAGUUUAAGUGCUCACGGGUGCUUAUUUUAGAAGCCAAAUUGUCCCAGGAAAAAGGCAGCGCUCUCCGGCAACGGCUAUGCGGCUUCGCUCCACGGAAAUAGCAGUUGACUCACAGCACCGCGCCGCUUCCCCCUCUUCGCUUCGGAGCCCGUUAGUGGGUUCCUUAGCGGGUUGGGGGGGCGCUAAGGGUGCCCGCCGAGUCCCAUGGUCACAGGCUUCAUCCGCCUGUGAUUUUUAAAAGGGUCCCUGCUUCGCCGCAGCGGAAAAGACCCGUUUCGCGCGGAGCUAGUCCCUCCAGUUCAGAGGGAGUCCCCCAUUGCCGAUGGCGCCACCCCGGAAGUCCAAAUGUCUCCUCUUUUUUGCUCUUCAAAAAAUGGCAACCCUAGUUAGGUUGACCAAUGGUCUGAUUCAGUAAAAGGCAGCAUCCUUUGUUGUUUAGCUGACCAGAUGAAGAGCCAUGACAGUUGUUAUUUAUUAAAUUUUUAUACCACCCUUCAUCUGAGGAUCAUAGAGCUGUUUACAAUAUAAAAACACAAAGUUACUGUUCCCUUCAGUUACACAUAAUCAACCAGUUCUGUUCAUUUGUAGCAGAUUUGUUGAAGGAUACAGUCUACAUUCUGGAUCUAUAUUCCUAAAGGAGUUUUAAAAUUAGUCACACUGAAGUCAGGGUCUGCCUUCAAGCAUGCAAGGUAGACUUCCUUUGUGUUAGUUACGUGUGAUAAAACUCCUAUUGUUACUACUUAAAUUAUCCAUAUAAAAUUCAUCUUUUGUUGGGGCCCAGCAUUAACACGUUUGAAAUGCCAUUUGCAUUUAUAAAUUGUUCUCGUAAAAUAAUAAGCAUAAUGUACCUAUAAAAAACUGAUACAUCUCCUGUAAGUGUGUUUGUACUUUCAUUUGGUUACCUAAGUGAGUGUUGUGGUUACUGUGUUAAAACAGAGAGGCCUGGGAGAGUUAUGAUAGUGAUUAUAAACUAAAUUGCAAUUCCCGAGAGCAUUUAUUUUGCAAUAACAUGAGGAGAUAAAUUUUUCAGGAGACUGGCAUGAGGUCCAAAGCUUAAAAUCACAAGGCAAAACUUAAGUGAAAAGUCUUGUACGAGGCCUUGGAGACAUGAUAUGAAGCUUGUGGUUUGUUCCAAAAUUAGCAAUUCCACUGCCCUGCCACACCCUUUCAUUACUCUCCACUUGUAUCUUUUUUUUCUUCGAACAUCCUGUUACUUUUUAAAAAACAACAACCCCCAAUCAUAUGUAAUUAGGGGAAAUGUAAAGACUUUUAACAUCUUGGAUUCCAAAAUUUUGAAGCUUUUAAGAAACUUCAAACAUGUCAGCUAAAGAAAUGUGAAUUUGCUUUACUAACAAACACUUGUUAAAUAACAAUUGCAAAGUGCAGUAAUCUCAAGUUUCUGGUGUCUUUGCCCUGGAAAAAAAGGGCAAUCUGGUAGUAUUCUACAGCGCAUACAUUUAAAUCAGUGAAUAUUUAGAAAAAUAUACAGUUAGAAAAUUUAUUACGUCGAUUUCAAGUAUCCCUUUGAUAUGCCAGGUUGUUAUAUAAGUCCUUGAAUAGUGGUUUUGUUUUCUUUAAAUGGUGGUUGGUGGCAUAUGUUUACAUUAAUCCUUCCCAUUUCUGUAAAGUUGUGUGCUCACUUGAAAAUGUAGAGGCAAAGAUAGUUGCCAUUUCCAGACAUAGAAACAGUACUACUGCUCAUUGUUGUCCGUGCUAUUGUGUGCAGCCAGGAUGUCCUGGGGAAAGACUCUGUUCAAAGCUGAUGUUAAGUAAUAUCAGUGUGCUAGUAAUGGCUGAAAGGAAGGCUAUAGGAAUCUUUGGAGGGAAGUGUUUCAGGAAGAAGGUAGGAAUCUUGCACUUUAUAUCUUACAUUUGUCUGCUUGCCUGUUUAUAGAAAACAUAAAUGUGCAAUCUUUGUCUUGUUUGGAAUUUCAGAUUAUGAACAUAGGGCUGCAAUCCUAAAUAAACCUAAUAGAACUAAGUUACUGAAUUCACUGCUACUGACUUCCAAAAAUGAUUUGUGUUGUAAAUGGAGCAAUGAAGAAUUGCUUCCAGAACAGGAAAGUGUGUGCGUUUCUUCUGGCAACAUAUAUUUAGAGAAAAAUAGUUAAACAACUUGCAUUGUAUAUUAUACUUUGCAUUUUCUUGCUUUCUUUCCUGGCCUUCUAAUUUCCACAGUUAACCAUUUGUCUGAAGUUUGGAAAUUGAUUUCCUGACAGAAUUUUUCUCCAAAUGCCUAAUGUAAAUUUAAAUCUUGAUUUAUAUUUGUGUUAGGAGUAUUGUAAUGUGCAGUUAUAUAUAUGUUUUUCUCGAGGAGAAGGCUUAUUGCUUGAAUAUUAUACAAGGGAAGCAUGCGAUUUUAACAAAACUGAAAGUAGUUGAUGAUACCUGGCAUGUUGAAAGUUUUACAUUUUUCUUACUGAAAAUAAUGAUCAGUGCAAUAGAGGAUUGCUUAGUUCAAGACUCAUUUGUUAAAAUGCUUAUGAUGAAUACAAGCAUACAUUCUAAACUUUAGCGGAAGUGAAUUGGGCGCAUAUUCAAUGAAUGCAGAGGCAUUGUUUUCAGGACUUAGAAUGUAUGAUGAAACCUCUUCCACCACACCUAGAAUAUCUGUCUGUCUAACUGUUAAAAUCCAUGUAGUCUAAGUAGCUCAUUAGCGUAUCAUAGUAUUGUAUAAUUACUAGAGAGUUAAUUUGUAUCAAUUUACUGGAAAAACUCUUCCUUUCACAGAGGAAGUCUAAUGGAAUAUCCGGCUUAGUAUAUUUGUUAUCUUUUUGUGUUUAUACACCUGGCAGGAAACUUUAGUUUUUUUGCACAAUUGAUGAUGUAAGCUACAUGAUCUUGUUCCAAAUAAAAUUCUUUCUAACAAGUUUCCUAUUUCUAACUUCUAAUUAAACAUCCAAUCGUUUUUCUUCUAUACUUCAUUUUAAAAAUUGAACUGAAUAUUAGGAUUUGAUUCCUAUUGGUUCAUUUUACUGUGAUCGGUAAGAGGUUCGGCAAAGCAGAAGUGGGAGAAAGUACAUGGAGAUCUACUGGUAGAUAGUUUGAGAUAGAUCAGUAAGGAUUCCAAUUCCCAUUUAGCACUAGCAUAAAAAUAACAUUCUCCCUUCUAAAUUAGGCUUCUGAAAUGAAGAAAUAUUGCUGGGGGAGAAUCAGGAGCGAACUCUUGUGUAAAAGGAUUGUGAACUUUGUUAUGGUAUUGAAAUCAAAUUCCUGAGCAGAGCAUGUGCUUAGAGCAACCCUGUUCCUUAAUUCUAAGUGUUUGCUGCCCACCCCUAGCCCCCACUGUUUUGCAAACAAACUGUUUUCAAGCAGCUAUCUGUGAAAAAUGGAAACUGUUUUGAGGAGUGCCAUAUGUGCCAAUCUUCCUAGGUAUCAACAUUUUAGUAGUAAUGAAUCUCAGGGCUAAACCAGGUAAGAUGAUGGGACUGGGACUGCAUCUCUAGUAUCCUUAAAAUUUUGGUCAAUAGCAAAUGAUUGGGAUGUAAACUGAACACACCAAAGCUGCUGUUUACCCUGCUUUGAGUGACACUGACUGUGCCUCUACAUUUUCCACAAUAGAGCAAAUAGCAGCUUGAGAAAGAGAGAUUACAGAUGGAAAAAAUGAAUUUGGUCCACAUUUUUAAUGAGCCACCCUAAUUGCCAGUCCCAGACUUUUUUUUGUAGGUCAGAGUGUGGUUAUCAGUCAGAUUAUGCACUUCUCUGAAUUUUCCCAUGCAGUUUUGCUUCAAAACAUAUGCACAAAAGCAUAUUUUUGGGAAAAUGUGUAUUUUAGGGGUAUGUGAAUUGAAAACAUGCAAAACUACAUAUUUUAGGGAAAUAAUGUAGACAAAAUGCAUAGUUUAGGGAAAAUGAUACAGUUUAAAUGCAUUUAAUGCAUUAAAAGCCUGCAAGAAUUGAUUAAGUGCAUAGGAAAGAAGGAAUAGAAAAAUAGAAGGAAUAGAGGAAUAGGAUGAAUAGAAAUAAAUCCAUUUAUGCCUAGGAAAGAGGUUGUAUGAUUUCUAUUGGGUAAAUAGCACAAGGGGAAAGGAUUGAUCCUGCUCCCUCUGCGAUGCAGUACCAAUCCAGAUGAGCCAUUCUUCCCAUCCUACUCUGUAAUUCCUGCAAAGAAAAAGAUUUCCAUAAUCUUGUCUAGUGUAGCCCUAACUAGUCUGAUCUAUUAUGGGGUAUUAUGCCUUUAUGUAGAUUAUAUUUUGUUUUCCUAUCUCUGAAAAACAGUUACCACAUCUAAGUCUUUUGCUAAGGGAACUUGUUAUACUUCCCUUCUUGUCAUGCAAUUUAGAGAAUUCUCAGGUCCUUAAGCAGCUUUUGUAAGCGCAGAAACUUAACAUUGUUUUACAUUGUCAGUUUUCACACGUAGUCAUUUUAACAUGGCAUUCCUGAAGAGGGUCUCAUGGUAGGUAAAUGUAGUUUAAAAUUGUAGAAAGCAGGCUUCAGAGAUACUGAGAUAGAAUUUAUAAGAUCAGUAUACUGCAUUUAAUGAAUAUUUGGGUACCUAGAUGCUACUGUCAAAUUUAUAGAUGUUCUAUGUUCCCCAUAAUUAUUACUUCAACAGGUUAUAUAGAUAGUCCUGUGGUUUGACUUGGAAGCAGUUUCAUGGCCUGUGAAAGUAAAAUCUGAUUAAUGUACUCUUCUUUGUUUUCUUCCUUAGCUGUAAACUUCAAGGAAGUUAAUGAAGAAAACAAGCGAGAAGUCCUAAGUGAGAUAUUCUCUUCUAUUGACACACUGGCAUUCACAUUUGGCAACAUGUAAGUAAAAAAUAACUGUUUGGUUUGUUUCCUGAAGCACCUUAGUUUCACCUUUUUUGAACUCUGCUGCAAUGUGACACUUUUGUCUAUUUGUUGAUCUAUACUUUACUGGUCCCCCUGCCAAUACUGUUUUGGACUACGUAGAUGCUGCUCUUACAAUAUGAGCAAGAAUGGGUAUUUGUAAAGUACUCCAGCUGAGAAACUUAAUUUCAUUGUGUUCUGGUCCAUUCCUUUCUUGUGACUGCUUCUUCAUAAUCAUUUCCCACAGUAGCUCUGCCUAUUCGCUCCAGUAAUUGCAAAGGUACCUUAAGGGGAAAUUAAGAAACUAUGGUUGUGUUUGGACAUCUUACUGAACAAUGAUUUAAAAUGAAUUUGUUGUUGUUGUAGAAACAUGCUAAUGCAAGAUAUUGAAGAGCAUAGUCUCACACACACACUUGCGCGCUUCUCCUGCCCUCCUAUUGUACAAGAGGUUUACUUGGAUUAGUUUCAAGCAGACCAAUUUCAAACUAUGACCUCUGAACCUGGUUUAUUCAACCAUAGUUAAUGUUAAUCACAGUUCUGGGUUCUGAUGGCACUAGACAGUGUCAUAUAAAGCUGAUGCUUCAAGACUCCUCCCAGCUGCCUAACAUGAUGAGAGGGGAAGCAUAUGAGCCUGGGAGGUAGCCAGGCUCGCUCAUAUCUCACUGAGCCAUAGUUUAACAUGACAGCUGAAUGCUUUCCAUGUCUACCCAAUGGCUGGGAAAAUAUACUCUUGCUUUCUCAGUUUGGUUGACUCUAAUUUCAGUGAACCAAAUCUUGAACUACCAGUGUUCAAAAUAAUUUGUAGUAAAAUAGUUCCACAUCUAGGUUUUGUAUCUAUUUUUUACUUACCUUUUACAGGCGGAGGACACCUUAAAUAAACACUGAACAUUCCCAUGUGGUUGUCUGUUCUGAGUAUUAGGUAGACAUUUUGUUCUUGUAUAGCAGGGCAAAGCAUGAGUGAAUUUUCUUCUGGUUCUCAUGGCAGAGUUUCAGACUUCCUUAUGGGAGAUGUGGAUAAUAGCUCAACAUUGGGCCUUCCCGUAUCUCGACAAAGUCAGGUAGGGUGAAUAUUUUUUUUAAGUUGUUAAAAUACAUUUUGCCUUUAGUAAUAUUAUAGAAGAGAGCAUUAUUUUUUUGACUAUCCAGCAGGAUCAGUUUAAAAUGGUUUUGUUGUUGUUGUUGUUGUUGUUGUUAAAAUACGCUAAUGACCAUCUAAAACUGAUGUUUUCUAAGAACAAAUAAGCAGUUCCUAGAUGUAAAUAUAUAUAAGGCCUAAUUUAUAGCAGCUUCUCUUUAGAGGUUCUUUACUGUGUUUACACAAAAGUAGUUAAGGUGCUUGGGCCAAGCAGACCUGAAGUAGGAAGCUGCAAAUUAAUUGCUGUGUCAAAUUGUAUUAGAUGAAAAAGUAACUUUCAAGCCCUGUUUGUGCUUCAGCUGCUUUAAUGGUACUUGGUAAAUUAAAUCAAUGCUUAAUCCAGGUAAGAUGAAGAUAUUGUGGUUGGGGAAACAGAUUCCUCCAGAUAGAGAUAUGCAACUAGUCCUAAGUGGGGUUGUGUACCCCCUGAAGAGCUGGCAGUUUGGUAGUGAACAUGGAUGAUGCUAACUGGGGGUGCUGAGGUGAAAGCAGUGGCCAGGAGUGCUUUUUACCAGCUUUGCCUGGCUCGCUGGCUGAGACCCUAUCUGGAGAGAAUGGAUCUUACUUCAGUUAUCCACGCACACUAGUGACAUCCAGGCUAGACUAUUAUAAUGCACUCUAUGUGGGGCUGCCUUUAAUGAUAGUUCUGAAGCUUUGACUGGUACAAAAUAUGGCUACCCAACUGCUGGGUGGCCAGGUAGCUAAAGCAUAUUACAGCUGUGUUGUACCACUUGCACUAGUUACCAGAGUUAACUAAUUUACUAGGCCUAAUUUAAAAUGUUGCUCAUUUAUUGCAUUGUCCUAUUGAUAUUGCUUGAAAACUUUGGUUGCAGCAAGCCAACUGAUGGGGGGGGGAGAGACAAAACAAAACUGGAAGUCCCAAGGAACAUUAGAGGAAUGGUAUAAGCAAUGUGGUCUCUGUCAUUGGCAGAAAAUCUUACUAAACCAGCAUUAAUAGGGUGGUGCAGGCAGUUCUGCCACAUAGGGUGCUGAGCCGAGAGAGUGCAAAAUUGAGAAGAUCCAUUUGGGGGUUCCAAUUUUUGGCCUUGCACAGGGCACCAUAUUACGAAAGAUUACUGAAGUCCGCCCUUGAUGGCUACCCUUGUGUGCUUAUGAGGCAGCCAUCUUUUUUCUUUAUCAUGUUCCUAGUAGGCUACUUUUUUAAGAGUUGAUGGUAAUAUUGGAGGCAUUGCCUCUCAUUCAUUUCUUUUGUCCCACUGCAAUCUUUUUUUGUCCCACUGCAAUCUUUCAUCAAACAAAUUUUGCAAUUGCCUCUCAUUCAUUUCUUUUGUCCCACUGCAAUCUUUUUUUGUCCCACUGCAAUCUUUCAUCAAAUAAAUUUUGCAAUUUUAUGUUGGCUCUUUUUGAAGCACCCCAAAGAGAAUGGGCUAAAAAUACAGUGUGCAGCAAUGCUUCCAUCAUAUCACCUUCAGCUGUCUGAAAAUAUCACCUGUCGCCAGCCAGUUUUCCAGUGUGUUGGUAAAAGAGAAGCUAAUCUUUUUACCUUCUGUCACAUUGAGAGCUUCCUUGAUUGACUGAAAGGGAUGUGUAAUUGAAGUUAAGCAUUUCUAAUAUGCUUAACUUGCAAGCAAUUGGCACAUUGUAUGCAAACCGGAUUUUGUUUCCACUGAUGCAUGUUCAUGCUUCAUUCAUUGCACCCAGUCCACAUACCAUUUUGCCAAAAUUGGCAUCUGUUGUGCAAGCAUAGAAAUUGUAGUACAUUUUUUCCUGGGAAAAUAGAAUACUUUUACUUGUAUCUAUAUUUAUUGCUCUUGCGAUGCUUUGUAAAAUGUGUUUGUACAUGUGCAACAAACACGUGUUGAAUAUUUGUGACAAUGACGCUGUUAACACUAUUCCCAGUGCCCCCCUUAUAUUCUGAACAUUUUUAAAGCUUUUUCUUAUGCCUAAUAGACUUUGCCUGUCAUCAUUGUCCAGAUUCCUAUGAGGUUGACUAGCUAGAAAGUCUAAUUUUAAAUGGUAGUGCAUGUUGGUAAGGUUACCUAUGGGUGUUUUAUAACCUUUUUUGUCCAAUUUUGUAUUUUCCUUUCCAAUUUUAUUUAUUUAUUAUUUUUGGAUGCGGGGGAGGUUCUGUUCGCUUUUACACCAUAAUGGACAUUUGGGCAUUUUCCUUUCUGAUGGAGAAAAAUGGCAACAUUCUUCCUUUCCAUCCACUUUGCAUGGACAGGUUACUGUGCUAUUGAAUUGAAAAUGUUUUCAGGAAUAUUGUGCAAAGUUUAAAAUACACUUGGGGUCAUGCUUUGACUAUGCAUCAAGUUCAUUCAUAAAUUAGCCAUUUUUUUCAGGGGGAAUAGUUAACUUAAUUUUGUUAAGUAACCAGCUCCAUCAAAGCUUUAAAAGGCUGUUUGAAAAUGUUUGACACAUUGAAAGGCUUUCUAUACUACAGUACCUAAAUUGUCUUGCCUUUUUCAACCAUUGUAGAUUUAAAAGGGAAUGGAGUUACUGGGCAGGAGUGCAUUCUACUCCAUUCUCUUGCUAUGUCAGUAUUGAAAAACGCCACAUAGUUAGUAUAUGUUGAGUGUUUAAUCAUCUGUUUGCUUAGCUGAUGCUAACAGGCUGCAUUUUAUUGAAUGCUAGUCUUUUGAAAAUCUUUCUGUGGAUUCCGGGGGAUCACUGCACGAAAAGGAUGACGUACAAGGGACAGGUAAGCAUUACAUACAGUGAUUUUGGUCUCUGUUAUGUUUUUAGACAUGUAGAAAUAGUGUAGAAAUAAUCAAAUUUUAAAAUACCUUUUCUUUUCUUUUUUUACUAUGGGGGAAACAACUGGUAUUUAACAGAAGUGAGUUUAGAACUGAAGUUAGCCCCAUUGAAAUCACAAAACCUCUGUGUUACUGGAAGUUGUAGCAUGAACUUCAGCUAUUUAUACAUUUUUUUCCUGUUUAGUUCAUUACAGAAGAAAGUUUUAUGUUGGCCAUAUGAUUUGUUAAGAUUUAAUUCUGUGACCCUUUAAUUUGUUCUAAAAGCCCUGUCAGUUCAAUUUAGUGUCAACUAGCAUUUAAAGAGAAUCUCAAGAUCAGAGCUGCUUUAGUCUCCACAGUUGGCUGAUACAAGCUGUGCUGUUGCUGUGUGGUCAUGUCUAAAAUUCACUUUUUUGCAUUUGACAUUUUAUUUUCAGGGCACCUUAGAGCUGAAGAGAUUGAUAGCGUUCUCCUAAGGAGCGAUAAUGGAAUUGAAUCAGCUCUGUCCUAUGCUAAGGCAUGGUCAAAAUACACGAAGGAUAUAGUUGCAUGGGUAGAGAAAAAGCUUAACUUGGGUGAGUGGUUCUUUCUGGCACCUAAUGAGCUUUGUCAUGAUGGAAUUAAAUCUGUUGUCAGGAUUGUGCUACAGACUGUCAGUAAUGUGAUUUCUAAAUUAGUAGCUGUUCACUGAAAUGAAUGGAACUGUUGCCUGUUUCCUGUGACUGAAAUAUUUGUAGCAAAAUAGUCUCUGUGUACUGUUAAAUGAAGACUAUAGAGAAGUUUAUGCUUGCUCUUACUGCUCUCACUCACUACGUGAAACUGGUCUUCCUUCCCUACAGAAAUGGAAUGUGCUAAAAGCCUGGCAAAAAUGGCAGAAACAACUAAAGCUAUUGUUGGCCCUCAGGUGAGUGUUCACUUAAUAAAAAUGCACUGUUAAUAAUACACACACUUUCCUAUUGAUUAUGGAAGCUCCAUUGAAUUCUUCUUUGCUGUUUCCUUUAUUUGUAGUUUUUUUCUAUUUAAAUUCUGAUGAAUAUUCUUUUGGCUUAUUUUUUUGCUACUUGAAAGUAAGAAAAAUUAUGCAAGCUUUUUUCUUUUGUGUUUCAAUAUUUUAUGCAUUGUUACAAGUGUAACUCUGGAACUAGGUUUUUCUUAACUGAACAUUUUGUCUUAAUAGAAUGAAGGUUUAUGUAAGGGUAUUAAUGUAAUAUAUGUAAUAUAACAACUUAAUUUUGUCCCGGAUCUGUCUAGAGCACUUUUUCCACUUAAAUCAGUGGGAGAAUUUGACCUAGAGGGAUACUCUACUAAUUUACAUGUUUUAACUUACAGGAUUACAUGCCAUUUCAAUCAAUAUUCAUAAAUGCAUUCCAAAAUGAUGUAGAGAACAGUCAGCUCUGGCAACAAACAGCAUCAGCUCUCCAAACUAAUAAAUUUGUUCAGGUAAAACCAAUUCUAUUUAAAAGCGAUUUUACAUGCAUAGCUCACAGGCAUAUAUAUUUUAGUCAUUGACAUUUCCUUACACAGUCAUUGGAUUUCUCUCAUGUAGCCACUCCUUGGAAGGAAAAGCGAACUGGAUAAACAAAGGAAGGAGAUCAAGGAGCUUUGGCAACGAGAACAAAAGAAAAUGGUUGGUAUAUUUGAACAUAAUAUAUUGUGGGGGGCAUUCAGGGAUGUCCAUCUGCUUGCACAAUGGAAAUCUUCUUACCCCAACAUCCCCCUGUGUUUCCCCAAAAUAUGCUUUGUAGGUUUGGGGAACUUGUGGAGCUGAUUUAGGGAGGUGCAGGAGGAGAAGCCCCAUUGCAUGAGAAGACUUCACUCAUACUAUGUGGGGCAUCGCCCUUUGUUUCAGAUAGAAAUUCUAAACUUCCAAAUUUGCCCGCAGAGCAUACAAUAUAGGCAUUCAGCAUACAUUACUUACUGUAAUUCAUUGGAAAAGUUUACAUAUUUUAAAAAAGAAAGAAAAAUCCACUAGUUACAAUUCUCUUCACAUUUAUGGCAUAAAGGCCACCAGUUCCUGUGCUUUCCCAUACUCCCAUUCCCACAGCUCAAUGUCUGGAUGAUGAUGAUGAUUAACAAGCUUUGAGUUAGAAUAUAAUGUGUCGCAUUUCUCUAUUCUACAACAUGGAAACUGCUAAUAUUGAGAUGCUUUCUUUUGGAAUGAGCAGCAAGAACUUGAAUCCACCGUUAAAAAAGCAAAGCUAUUAUAUCUUCAGCGGCAAGAUGAAUAUGAAAAGGCAAAAUCAUCAACUGUUCGUGCUGAAGAGGAGCAUCUGACCUCCAAUGGGGGUAUUAUUAAAGAUGUCAGUAAACUUGAGAAAAAACGAAAACUUGAAGAGGAGGCUCUCCUAAAGGUAAGGAAACUUCUUUAGAUAUGUUAGCAAUGAAAUGCAGUGUUACACUAGUUCUUGGAAAGAUGUGAUUCAUAAGACAUGUUGGCUGGUACUUAUGAAAUUAUAAAGUGCUUUUAUUGUGGACUGCUAAAGGUAGGGUUUUUUCAGGUAUUUUAAUAGGAAGUUUCUUUGCCAUCACUCAUUCUUUACAUGUUUAAUUUGUUGUAGGCUGAAGAAGCCAAUGAACAUUUCAAAGCCAGCAUGGCUGAAGUUGAAGAAAAACGAAAUGAUCUAGAAAAUUUCAAAAGUGAUAUCUUAACCCAGCUACGGGAACUUGUUUAUCAGUGUGACCUCACACUUAAAGCUGUAAGAAUGCAUUCCUUGUGUUCUAGACUAGUAGAAAAUCAUUAUUGUUGGAAUAUCAUGUGUGAAAAUGAUUUGAUAUGUAUCUCUGAAGCAUUAUGGCCAACACUGCUGGUAUAUUGACUAAAGCAAUCAUAUUGGUUUUAUUUGGGCCAGCCUAUAAGCUGUGGUAUAAUAGUAGAUCAUGAACAACCCAUGCUUCUUCUACAUUUAUUGUAGCACAAACCAUAGUUUGCCAAGCUGCUUGAAUUAGAAGGCUGUGCUUAGUGUUCAAUCUCCAACCCAAGAUUGGAAACCCACUUCAAACCAUGGUUUCAUAUUCUGGUUUGGAAGGCUUGGCAAUUAUAGCAUGCCAGUUCAGAUGCCCUGACAAAAUCAUGGUUAAUGCUAAACAGGAAACUGAUAGGAAUGCCAUGCAAAGAGGGGAAACAGGCAAGUCCAUGACUCAUUGCUUAUCUUCCAUACCCAUGGUUUGCAGAACUGUCUUAAUGGUGUCUGUAUGAUUGUUUCAUUCAGUAUAUUAGUAAUUUUUAAAAGUAGUCUGGAGAACUAUCUAAACAGAGCCACUUGCCUAGUUCAGAGGUAAUGGGGAACGAUGGUUUUCCACAGUGCUGAAAGAGCUGCAGCAACCCUUUGUCUUGUGCACCCCCUGUUCUCCGCUUUUCCCACUGUGAGUCGGAGAUCAGAAAUACCAGAUUCAUUGGUUUUUCUUUAUGUGCAUUGGUACUAAGUAGAGAAUCUCUUCAUGUUUCUUUAUCUUGAAACAACAGUGAGCCAACAUUCAGAGCCUUACCUCAUAAAGUGGCAAGUGGGGGGAAAUACAGCUGCAGCUUUGACUUACCUUUGACUUAAAGCUUCUGUGAAUUGAUUGAUAAUAGCUUGUAGUAGAUUAAAUAGAAUACUAUUGUUCCUAGCACCCCGUUUUUGAAGUCUGUCCAAAGUUGAGUGGUUUCCCGGUACUAUGAUGUCAAGCACUCUGAAUUGCUAAAUAGUGCUGCAAAAAAUCUCAUGAAACUAGACAAGCUUCACACAACAUGUGGCAAAAGAUGUUUGUGAAUGAUUUGUCCAUGAAGUUAUUUAUUUCAUAAAUUGGAAUAUCUAUCUAGAUAACAUAAGUUUCCACAGCUUAAUUAUAGCAAGCCAUUCAUGGAAGGCAGACAAAGGAAGACAAGCAGAAGAGUUCACAAGGUUGUGUAGUAUAAAGUGUCCAUUUGUCUUUGGGAAGAAAGGCCUAGAAUCUUAGAUGAUAAAUCUGUUUUGUAUACAUACUUGCUAUUUAACUUUAGUGGAUGAACUAUACUAUGAUGCAUUCUGUCUGUUAAGACAUACAUCAACUUAUGUUGAAUUGAAGGACACAGCUUUUUUGUAAAUGUGGAUGAUACCGAAAUGGAAGGGCAUUAAAUUUUAGCGUUAAAUUUGUUCUGCAGCUAUGCCUUGCAUAUUUAUCCUUAACUUUAUAAUAAUUGGGGGGCAACCUAAGCAGCAUCUUGGAUGAGAGGCUGGUCCAUAUCACAUUUCUAAAUAUGGAAGCUUGAGGCUUCUAGUCAGACUGUUGUGUACCAACUACAAACACUGCAAAUUUUUUUUAUAUUCUCUCUUCAGAUUUCUGAAUACUGAGAGACUUAGUUUUUCAACAUUUUAUAGUUUUCUCUUUUUUUUUUGGUCUUGCUGAUUAAGUAAAGUUUCCAAAAAACAUUGGUGUCUAUCUAAACCAAUUCUUUCAUGAGUGAAAUGCAGUUUCACUUGUGCAAAGUGGCUUCCAUGAGUUCUACCAGUUCUUCUUCACAUUACAGCUCCCUGUGCCCACAUCCCAUGCUAUGCUAGAGGGUCUCCCAAACCUUAGGAAGGGUUUUUUCAGGCAUUUAGGGGGCUUAAGCAAGGUUUGGUGGGAACAACCUGUUGUGUAAGCAGAGUUACACUCAUGCUUCUUUGGAUCCAAACCAGUACCACUACAGGCAAUCAAAAUUCACCCUUUCACUGGCUUCUAUCCAUCAGUCUCACAAAACAGAGGUUGGUUUAACUAUAAAUACAUCUUGCAUCCACAUGCUUUCUUGAAACCUAAGUAUACUGACAGAAGGGAAAUGGAGAAGUUUAAGAAAUGUUGAGCAAACUAUGACAGAAAGCUGUAAUUGUGAUUGGUGACAUACAGGCUAGUUUGUCUUUUUAAUGCCUGGGGGGGGGGAAUCAUUUGUGAACUAUUUUUGUAAGUUUUAAGAGAUGCGGGGAAUAUUUCAAACCUUGGUUUCUUGAAAUAACUCUAUUUCAAAUAUCUUUUUGUUCCACCCAGGCAACAGUUAACCUGUUCCAGAUGCAGCAUGCCCAAGUUGUGUCUCUACCAGUUAACUGUCAGUCCCUCUGUGAGAGUGCCAAGCUUUAUGACCCAGGACAGAAGUUCUCAGAGUUUGUGAAGAAUUUGCCAAAAGAUGAUGUUCCCAUUGAAUCGGGUUCCUUUGAAACUCAGAGCUCCCAGGUUGGAGGGUGAGAGCUCAGAUACCAUCUUCGCUUACUUGGCAGCAAAUGUGAACAAAAUGCUAGAGGAAUGUAGAUAGAAAAUAAAAGAGAGAAAGAACUUGUGACUUUAAUAAGUCAGGCAUUGUUGAAAAAUGAAUGGAAAUGGGUCCUAAAAGACAGGUGACUUUUCAUAGUGUAGAGCAGAGUUUAGUAUUUGUUGUUGUUUUUUGCUGAGGAUUUUUUUUUCCAUUUAGCUAAAAAAAGAAAGAUAUGGAGAAGGUACCUCAGCUUGCACAAGUUCUUGGCUCUCACUUAAGUUUGUUGUCCAGCCAUUUGCGGCAACAGUUGAUGCUUAUCACUAUGUCUAUUCUUGUUGCUGAGCACGAGAAUUUGGGACAAGUGGGACUUGCAACAAAACAUACUGCAGCCUGAAGAAUUCCUGGUCAGGAUACUGCAUUCUGUUACAUCCUCUUUCCCCAUUUUCCAGUCAUCGUCCUCCCACCAGAAAGUCAGCAUUCUGUGGCUGUUGAAGAUGCUCAGUCCUCAUUGAGAUGUUUUGGUGGUUCGCCCCUAAAGGCUAUUUUGUCUUUAAAAAAUAUUGUACAUUAAACCUUGGGGUUUCCAGAAGUCUGCUGAUAACCUCCUCUUUUGAGCAUGGGUGGUGCCAUUUAGAUUACAUAAGCAACAUUCCCUGUCUGAGUAUUGGAAAUAAGGGGGUGGAGUGAUGGAAGCAGUAUUCGAAGUUAGGCCUGCGGCCUCUUAUACUGCUUAACCUCUGCAAGACAUUCAUAAAAAGCCUGGAAAUGUUUUAUUUAUAAAAACUUUUUUUUGCAACAUUUAAUAUCAAUAUUAAGUCAGCUUUGGAACUUGAUUAAAUACUCAUUUUAUGUUUUCCGUUUCAAAAAAGCUGAAUAUAAGAAAAUGUAACUCUUUCGAAAGUUCUUAACUUAAAGCUUGAGGUAAUAAUAGCCAAGAAAUUCAAAGUUAGUCUUGGGAUACUUGUCUGUCGACUUCCUGCCUGUCAUUAAUUUGUCUUAAAUCUAUGCUCCAACAUUUCCAGAGAUAAAAGGGGCUUUCACCACACACUUCAACUAAGUCAUCCAAAGAGAGCACCUAUUUUAGUCUUUUGUUUUGAGCUCUCUCAUGAUAAAUUACUAUUAUGAUAGAUAACUAAGUUGUUAAGGCUAUUACUUAGGGAAACAUGGGCAGCUUCUGUUGUGCUGGGAGGAGAAAAGCUGAUUAAGCAUAGACUUCCUGCUGCUGAACAUGACUAAUAAGCUCUUUCUGCAUUUGGAUGUUGUGGAUUUUUUAUUAUUACCUAAAAUUAGGGUACAAAUAUAAGAAGGCAGUGGAAGUUGCAUUUGACAACUUAAUUACAAAAGUCCCAUGCAGAAUUGGUAUGCCUUACACCUCAAUUGCAAACUGAAUCAAUCAACUCUGCUGAUGGAUAAAUGCUGUAAGCACCAAAAGCUUACGUUUGAAAAUAAACUACUGGAUGAAACUAAUUUCAUCCUACCACAGAGAGUCCCACAACUAACUAAUAAAUAUUAUAUGCCCUUGUUCUUUGUUCAAACACAUACACUCAUUUCAUUUCAAAACAAGGCAAAAAAGCACAAAAUCCAACUCAGGACAUGCUCUAGUUGGACUAACCUGUCCCCUCCAUCUACUAUCUACUGUCCUGUGGGAACGAUUCGGGAGAUGGGGGCAGGCAAAGAGCCUUGGAGCCUGCUAGGGGGUGGAUAUUUCCAAAAAUAAAAAUGUUUUUUCCUCUCCCCAGGGUUUUCAGUAAACGAUCAAACAAUGUCCAUGCAUCACAAGGAAAUUUAUCCCAGUGCUCAGGAGAUUUUCCCGCUCAGUUACUAGAAGACAUCACAAGUCCAAGCUGUCAUCGAUCUCAAAAGAUUGGAGAAAAAAGAUCAUCAAGCACCACAGAUGUCUCUGGUAAUAUUUUAGUAGGUUUCUAAAUCUUCAUGGUAAAGUAGUCUUCCUUUAAAGGUCACUGCAGUAACCCAUUGCCAGUACACAGAUGGUUAUUGUAAUAAACAAAAGAUCAUGGUAAAGUAGUCUUCCUUUAAAGGUCACUACAGUAACCCAUUGCCAGUACUCAGAUGGUUAUUGUAAUAAACAAAAGAUCAUAAUUAAAUUAAAACUUUUUAGGUUAUUGGGGUUUUGCUUUCUGUUUUGUUUUAUUUUUCACCUUUUUUUAUUUUAACAGUACUUAUUUUGGCAAACCGGAUAAAAUAUGACUAGAAGCUGAAUAAGUUUGUUUUGCUUCCAGCACAAACCAAGCAGCAAAAGUAGAAAAUUGUUGAAAUGCUUGUAAUUUAAUAGUACAAGGUUGACUUUAAUAUUUUAUUUUACCAUUUGAGUUCAUUAUUUUUCUUUUCUUACAGCUGUGCGUGGCCCCCCACCAUUCAGAUCCUGGUCAGUUGGUAACCAGAGUGGAGGAAUGUGCAGUGAUUCUGAAAGUGCAGGAGGAAGCAGUGAAUCACGGUCUGUAGACUCUCCAUCUGCAAGCCCAGGUACAGAGAAUAUUAAUUUUCAAACACUAAUAAAUAGUAUCUAUUGGAUGAAAUUUCCAAUUUCAGCGGCAGUGGGCAGGGGAAGGCAUAACUGGAGUGGACUGACAGACUACCAUCUGGGGCAGAGGCUAGAUGUUUGGCCCCUGUCCUCCAUUUUAGUUGCCCCACUCUCUGAUCUAGUAGUGCUGUUGUUGAAGGCCAGGCCAGUCCAUGCUGAUCAUGUGUAGCCACAAUUUUAUCAUGAAUGAAGGGGCUGACCUAGUGUGCAUAACCAAAACUGGGAUGGGUAAGCUGGUUGGCCCUGACCUGACUUAGCUGUGCCUAUCUUGGUAGUCAGUACAGCACCAGGCUUGACUGUGGGGGUCAAGUGGUGGCGUUGCUGUUAUCCAUAGAAGCACCAUCUCUUUUCCCAAAAAGCUUCAUUUUCUUGGGAUGGACUUAAGAGAGUCUGCAUUGGUUUGGGGUCAGAGGAAUGGACUGGGGGUGCUUCUAAUUUAUUAAUUACCCUGUUACCCAGCAGCAUCUCUGAGUUGGCUGUGAUGGUCUCUGGUGUGGCGUUGGAGGACCCAAGGACAAUAGACUUGGGUGACAUCAAUAUCCGCAGAGACUGCAGUUGAGCCAGCUUGGGACUUCAUGGUCUUGGUGACAGCCAUGGGGCUGUGUCAACUGGUCAUCAGUCCAGCACAUUACGCAGGGCACAACCUUGAAGUUGUUUUUACCUCCAAGUGAUAUAAGGGAUGGACCAAAGAUUGGGUGGUGUGUGUGUGCAACCUUGUCAUAGUUGAACCAUUAUCUGGUAAAGUUCAAACUAGUGGUGACAGUUCCCCCCCUGUAAGGGUGGUGGGCUCGUUCAGAUGGCCCACCCUCAGAGGCUGAUGUAACCUGAGGAGUUUCUGAAUGCUCUGGAGGAAUCUUUGGUAUUCUGGGGAGCUUUGGGCUAUGGAAAAUCAUGUGAGGACUAGAGUGCAAGUAGGUUAAGUCUCAUUCUGAAUCCAACUGAACACUGGCUAGUGCUCAUAAUCAUGCCUACUAUGUGGCAAUGCAGAUUGCGAAGAAUACUAAUUUUGUAGCUUGCGUUACCUCCUCUAGUAGCUGGUUGACAGUUUUAUUGUGAACCGUCUGAAAGUUACUGACUCCCAUUGUGGGUCUGCUGUGACCAACUGACUACACCCUUUGAGGAUAAAGUCACAUGACUUUCAAGUGAACUUGACUCUUCACUUGUCGCAAUUCUGGAUGAAGUACCCAAUGCCAAGAUCAGUGAUAUGUUGUGGGAUCAGUUUUAGGUUAUGCAGGCAGCUGAUGUGGACAAGGUGUUGAUGUUCACACACCCAACCACAUGCCCUCUUGACCCCUGUCCCACCUGGCUUAUUAAAUAUAGGAGAUGGAGUUGCAGGAGGUCAUACUUUCUGCCUUGAAUGAAUUGCGGCUGUGGCCUCUCCUAUAGAAACCAGCCCUGGACCUCUUGGACUAGAAUAACUAUCAACCAGCUGCAAAUACCCCCUUAGGGGAUGGGGAAUAGUGGAGAGAGUUGUGGUAGGGUAUCACCUAGCAUUCUUGGAUGAGAGAUAGUUUAGAUUUGUUUCAAUCUGGGUUCAGACCUGGUCAUAGGACUGAAUUUCCCUAACAGAUGACCUUACAGAGAGCUGGAGAAGGAGAGUUUGCCCUUUCUCUUGCUUCUUGAUCUUUCUGUGGCUUUUGAUACCACUUACCAUAGGAAUAGGGUGCACUGUGAUACAGUGGUUUCUGUCCUACCUAUGAGACUGAGUCCAGAGAGUAGCACUGAGAUAGUGGGAUUUUUUAGCCCCUGGCGUUUAUGGCCUAGUCAAAUUAUAAUAAUCUUUUGAAUGCCUUUAUAUACUUGUUUUUAACUGCUUUUGUAAAGAAUUUCAAUGUUUUAUUUCAUAUAUUUUGUAAACUACUUAGAGGUUUUCUUACAUUCAAGCAGUAUAUAAUUUUAAAAUAAAUAUAUAGAUAGAAUUAAAUAGGCGGCUUCUUUUAAAGUCUGAAAAAAGCCUUGCCUCUUUCAUAGGGGACUUUAAAAGAAGGCUUCCCCGGACACCAUCUACUGGUACCAUGUCAUCUGCGGAUGAUCUCGAUGAAAGAGAACCACCUUCACCUUCAGACUCUGGUAAUGUAUCUUCAUAAUUGAAUUAAUAAUUUGCUGCAAGUAGGCUUCAUGGUAUUAAUCAUAUUUGGAUGCCCUUCCCUGAGUUUUGUUAGAAGAGAAUAGGGAACCAGAGAUAAUUGGAAUGUUUGCCUUGUCGGAUCAAAGAAGUAGAUUAGCGAAUCCUCUCAGCUUAACAUACACUAAGAACUGGAACUCUUUUCUCCAGUUUAGAAAAAAUUAGGCUUAACUGCUUAGUUUUAAUGCCAAUGUUUCUGCUAAAUGCUUGCUUGAUAGCAGAGUGGAAAGUAGUAAGCAGCUUCUUUUCUGGCUUGCAUGAUGCAUUGGCAGGAAACUUCAAAGCCCACCAUAUGUUUGAGCUUGUAGAAAUUCAUGACUGGACAAAGGUUAUUUUUUUCUCAAAAACAGAAGUACAAGAUUGGGAGCUAUUCCAUAUAAUUAUUAAAUGAUUCAAAUUGUUCCUCAGCCCUUCUAAGGCUGCAAUCUUCUACAUGCUUGCUCAGGAUUAUGGUCUCAUGUUAAGGCCUCAUUUCAGAGUAUCUGAAUGGAAACAUGCAAAUAUAUUAGGAGGUAGAAAAGUGUGAGAGUGUGUGUGUGUACCCACACAAAGAUGUCUUUUUUAUUUCCCUUGGUACACUUUUUUAAAUAUACAAGUCAGCGCUAGUGCUGUACAGUCAACGACCAUUUCACUGCUGUCACUGUUUGCAAAGGAGUGACAGAUGGAGGCCCCACUCACCUGUCAAAAUGGCCCACAGGCAAGCCUGUGUAUUGUAUAUUCUUACAAUAGUGACCCCUGGGUGUAGUUUUAUGUAACCAAUAAACAUAUUUCAGUUUAUAAAGAACUUGUUUUUCUAUUAUGCCAUCCCCGCCCCUUAGUACAUUAAAGAGCUAAUAACAGAAUUUGUGUUCUAAGGUUUGAAUGAUCUAGCAUCUGAAAUGACCAGUUCACCUGGACCUUUUCGAAACACGAUUCUAUCUAAGGCAGCACAAACCCACAAACUGCGGAAGCUGAGGGCUCCAUCUAAAUGCAGAGAAUGUGAUAGUCUGGUGGUAUUUCAUGGAGCAGAGUGUGAAGAGGUAAGAAAUUCAAGCAUUGUUUGGCUUCCUUGGGGGAGGCUGUGUUGCUGCAGUCAGAUCAUGUGAAAAUUUUGCUCUCUGUAGGUUAAAGGGCUUCUUUCACUAUGAGGUGCUCUGGAGAUGUGAGGUAACUGAUUGGAAGCAGCCAGUGCUGGUGUCAGGGCAUUUUGCGCCUUAGAUGAACUCCCAAGUUGCUGCUCCCCUCUUCACUCAUGACCAAUUGAAUGGCUCAAAGCCCCCCCCCCCCCCAAAAAAAAACUCUGCUAGGUUAUCCAGGCUUCAUCCUGGAGCUCAGUGAGACUAAGACCCAAACUACAUGUUAAAUGGGAAGUCCAUUAUAGGUUCUUGUGAUUUUUAAAUAUUGCAGCUUUGGGGGUUGCCAAGUGGAUUGAAGUAGUGACAUGUUUUCCUGUGUAGAGAUAAGCACUAUGUGAAGAAAAAAUGUCAAGUACAACACAAAUGCCUGUUAAGUUUAUACAUAAGUCAACUGGAAACUUGUUCACCAUUUGGCCCUUGCCCAUCUUGGUUGAUUAAGGCUGCAUGAGCAAAACUGAGCCCUCUCCUUAUUGUCGUGAUUAACGAAGCUUUGGCAGAGAGGUCAAUGCUUGUAUUUUGGAUCGGCCCCACUUUUAAGAGCCUAUUGGACUCAGCCGAUCUAAAAAUUAUUUCCCCUUUUAAGUUUUAGGACAAGAUGCUAUUGCUCUGCUAUCAUUAUGAACAGGGUUUGAAAGGACCUUCAUUUCUGUUACAUUUCCUCUAGUGUUCACUUGCCUGUCACAAGAAGUGCUUGGAGACUUUAGCUAUUCAGUGUGGACACAAGAAACUCCAUGGAAGACUUCAUCUAUUUGGAGUUGAGUUUACGCAAGCUGCUAAAAAUUCCCCAGAUGGCAUCCCCUUCAUCAUAAAAAAGUGCACCUCUGAAAUUGAAAGCCGAGCCCUAAAUGUAAAGGUAAAUAUUCAGUGAAUAGAUGAAUCAACACCCCUGUCUUUAAAAUAGCUUACAUUUUGGUUUUGCAAGUACUUACAACUUUUUCUUAUAUAAAAGGGCAUAUAUCGUGUGAAUGGGGCCAAAUCAAGAGUUGAAAAGCUUUGUCAAGCUUUUGAAAAUGGAAAGGACUUGGUGGAAUUAUCUGAACUCUAUGCACAUGACAUAAGUAAUGUUCUUAAAUUAUAUCUUCGCCAGGUAAAUAUGCAUAAUUCUCUUGUUUCAUCUGACUAGCAAAUUAAGUAUAAAUGGGAGGCUUGCUGUUUUUUAGUCUUUCAUAUGUCUGAAUUUUGAAACACUUGGUGGGAGGAUUCAUCUUUGAAGCUGCUGCUUACUUGUUACUUACACCCAGUGGAUAGGGAAAAGGGGCAAGUAAUACUCCUAAAAUGGUUAAACUUUUUUGUCUCUGAGCCAAUGAAAUUGCUCCCUACUAGCUUAUGGGGAGACAUAGUGCUGGGUCCUAAUUCUGACGUAUUAACCAUAUAAAUGUUAGAUUUUUAAUAGUUUGUAUUAAUGUUAGGUUGCAAAUUAGCUUCAGUUUUUUUAAAAAAACUAAGCUGUAUUUUUGUAACUUCUUUUUAAGUAAAACCUGAAAGUUCCACUUAUGGUGCCAGGUGCUGCACAGCAUAGCAGGAGUGUACUUUAACCAUUUGUUUUAAUGGGAGACUUCCAGAACUCCCACCUAGAAGCAGAAUACAAAUAAUAUUUGAAAACAAAAUAAAUGAGAACCUUGAAUGCCAGAAUAAAUGUGGAUACUUCCUCUUUUUCCUGUAUUACUAAAAAUAUAGUGGAAAUUUGUUGAGGUCUGCUUGCGAAGCUGAUUUUUGUGUGACUUGAUCCUAGACAUCUGUUGGAAACUUGUAAUUAAGAUAUUUUGGGCCACUAUGAGAAAACACUUGUCUUAAAUUGCAUUUGUUGUGCCACUAAAGCCAACAUCACUAAAAUCAGGCAACAAAUUUGACUGGCUGUGGAUUUUGGGGAGAUUAUUUAACAAGCUGAGAUGUUGAAGCAGGUUGAUUCCGCCACCCAAGAAGCAUUCUAAUCCUUCAGAAAAUGUUCCUUGAGAAGCAAGUUGUAAUAGGCUGAAAGCACUUGCCUUUUUGCCAGUGAAGCUGUUUUGACAUUUUGCAUGGGCCACAGGCGAUACCUAACUUUGCUGAAGGUCAAGUGAGAAUGCUGUUUGCCCAUACUCAAUAUGAAUUGAGUAUGAAUAUUUUAUAUUCUUGAAUCAAUUACAAGGGUUUGGUUUGAUGGGGUAGUUUAAAUUUAGCAGCAAGUGUACUGAAAAAGACUGGUUUCUCUCUGUUCUCUAUACCCUAUCUGUGGAUGUCUGGUAGGUAUACAGAAGAGGAGACUUGCCAGUCUCUUUGAUGUUGUAAAAGGACAGACUAGUGUCACUACCUAUGGGACUCUUGUUGCUGUAUUCGUCUUUUUAAAAUAUAUACUAUUAGUGAACAAUUUAAAAAACUAACAUUUCUGUUAAUAAUUUGGAUUUCUUACUUUAUCAAUAAAUACCACCUCAUUUGCUUGCAGUAUCUUACUUACACAGAGACUAAGUGACAUCAGUAAAACUAAAGCUCAGAAGCCUCUCAAAAAAGAAAAGGAACUAGACUAGACAUCAGGAAGUAAUAGGAAGGAAACAGUUGACUUGAGCUAAAAUUGAAGUCUGAAAUUUCUGACGUUCUUUCCCUCAGCUCCCUGAACCUUUGAUUUUGUUUCGGCUUUAUAAUGAAUUCAUUGGCCUUGCAAAGGAGAGCCAAAGUAUUAAUGAAGAACUGGAUAUGAAACGGAUGAGCCCCAGGUCCAAAAAAAGGCAGUCAGUGUGUAUUGAACUGAAUAGGAUCAUUCUUAAAAUCAAAGAUCUACUGAAACAGCUGCCUGCACCAAACUAUAACACACUCCAGUUUCUUUUAGGUCAUCUGUACAGGUAAGGGAACUUCAACUCAGCCUGUACAUAUACAUUCAGAAAUAUGUGUUAAGCAUGGGUUUAUUUGUUAACAAUAAAGAUCUGUGUAUUUCUUGUAGCAAGCAGUAUUUUUGUUGUGUUCCUAGCCGGUGGUAUGAACAUAUUAAUAUUAAUGAGGCUUAAUAUUUCCUUCUCUCUUUUUCAACUUGUUAACACUAAUUGGAUGAUGAUGAUGAUGAUGAUAGUGAAAUUAAUGUGGAGAUUUGGGUAGUGUUGGUUUUGUAGUGAAUGUACCAUGUUGGGUUCGUACCAAUGUUCAAAAAGCCUCUCUGGAUUUUGUUCUUUUAUGCAGGGUUACUGAGCAAUCCGAUGAAAAUAAAAUGUCUGCCAGCAACCUUGGUAUUAUAUUUGGCCCAACUCUGAUCAGGCCACGUCAGACAGAUGCUACCCUUUCUCUCUCUUCACUUGUGGACUAUCCAUAUCAGGCCCGGGUAGUUGAGCUGCUCAUUACCUAUUAUGAGAAGAUCUUUGAUAUUUCGCCGCAGCCUUUAUCACCUGCACCUCGGUUAGAAGACAGUGCUGCUUGCGCUAAAAGUAUUUUAACAGCUGAAGAUAGAGAUCCAUAUCAGCAACGAAAAACGUCGCCCUGUGCUGCUGUGAAAGAAGUGAGUGUCUGCUGUGAAACAAUAACUUUCAUUUACUGCAUUGAACUUGUGCUAGCGUAUUCAGCGAAUUUUUAAUAUUGCUGUUAUUGACAGAGCAUCCAGUUGGUCCAAAAUGAGAGGAAGGAUUCAGAGGCUAGUAUAUCAUUUGAAGAACCAGAUGGCAGCAAAGACACCCACCAGAAUUCUGAUGCAUUAGUGACAGGUUAGUGUUUUGCAUUUCUACAGUACAAUAGAUGGAUAGAAAAAUGAAGCAGAACUUUUAUUCACGUGUUCACUGCAUGUCAUUCUUCAUUAAAGGGACAAGUACAGUGGUACCUCGGGUUACAUAUGCUUCAGGUUACAGACUCCGCUAACCCAGAAAUAUUACCUCGGGUUAAGAAUUUUGCUUCAGGAUGAGAACAGAAAUCAUGCUCUGGCAGCGCAGCGGCAGUGGGAGGCCCCAUUAGCUAAAGUGGUGCUUCAGGUUAAGAACAGUUUCAGGUUAAGAACAGACCCCCGGAAUGAAUUAAGUAUUUAACCCGAGGUACCACUGUAUUGACAUUUGCUAUGGAAUCCAUAGAGCAGAUUGAAAAUGCAUCAGGCUUAUAGUCAUUAUCACAUUAGGCUUUCCUGUUGAGAUUUAACUGUUUAUGUUGCUGGCUGUGUUCAUAUUUCCUAGAAUGGAACUCCAAACUUGGAACUAAACAGAGUCUUGGCAGAAGGAAUUCUCCUUCAGAACCCUCUCCUGUCUCAGUUUUAGAAAACCACAUUGCACCAGCAAAAGAUCCAGGUCAGUUUCCUGAAUUGCAAGUAUUCAUACAGCUAUCUUGCUAUCCUUCAGGUUCCUGUAUGUUCAGGUACAAAAUAAACCUUUCGUUAUUAUGACUUCUGUUGGUGCAAUGAAAAGAAGCCUAUUCUUAGUUGACAGCUUACUGUCUCAGCACAUCGCGUGUGUUUAAAAAGCACAUUGUUAUGAAGCCUUUUCAAAGGGUGGUUAUGCUGCUUUUGAGUUAUUGGCCAUGUUUGGACAGUCAGGUCUCAGUUCAAUAAGUGGAGAUGUGAACGAGCUUCAUCUGUCUACAUGCAGCUGUUUUACUCAACCCUUUACAAGAAAAGGGAAACAAGACAGGAAACUGCUGUUAGCCAUAGCUUCCCAUUACAUCCUAACAGCAAGCAAGCCUGAAAAUGAAGCCAUGGGUUAAAGUUGGCUUCUAUAUCCUGAUUCGUUUAGACAACAUUAAUCAUAAUUGUCAGUUCAAACAUAACAGGAAACUGUUUUUCAGUGAAAAAAUGCCUUGAGUUCCCUCAAGUAACAGAAACCUAAAGCUAAUUUGCUUUGCUUAAGUAGAUAAAAUGUAUGUAAUUAAGAACUGUGCAAGACAAAGGCAUAUAUAGGCCUAUGAAUAAGAGCAUGGGUAGGCAAACUAAGGCCCGGGGGCCAGAUGUGGCCCAACUGCCUUCUAAAUCCGGCCCGCGGAUGGUCCGGGAAUCAGCGUGUUUUUACAUGAGUAGAAUUUGUGCUUUUAUUUAAAACGCAUCUCUGGGUUAUUUGUGGGGCAUAGGAAUUCGUUCAUAAUGUUUUCCAAAAUAUAGUCCGCCCCCCCCCCCCAAGGUCUGAGGGACAGUGGACCGGCCCCCCGCUGAAAAAGUUUGCUAAUCCCUGAGUAAGAGUAUAGUAAGAGACCUGUUGGUUCAGACCAAAGACCCAUCUAAUCUAGCAUUCUUUUCUCAAAGUGGUUGACCAGAUGUUGAUGGGAAGCCUGCAAGCAGGCCAUGAGUGCAGUAGCACUCCUUCUUCUUGUGAUUCCCAGCAACUGGUGUUCAUAAGCAUACCACAAAUGGUGUUUAGAAACACACUGGAGGUCGCGGUUAGCUAUGACAUACAUGCCUAGUAGCCAUUGUCAGCCUUAUCCCCUCCCCCCAAUGAAUUUGUCUAAAGCCCUUUUUGAAACAAUUCAAGUUCGUAGCCUACUUGUGGUAGAAAAUUCCAUUCUUUAAGUAUGCACUGUGUGAAGAAGUACUUCCUUUUUUUGUCUCAUUAAUCUUCUAACAUUCAGCUUCAUUGGAUGUCCCUGGGUUCUAAUAUCGGGAGAGAAGGAGGAAAACUCCCCACCCACUUCAUAACUUUACAUAAAUAGACGUUUAUCAAAUUCUUUCAUUAUACUAAUGAUAACCCUAAUGUAAAUAAUCUUGUGAGUGAGGGAUAACAACCAUUUUUUCACUCUGUUUGAAAGAGAAUAAUAUGGAGAGGGAUAAAAAUCCAAAGCAACUGUUUAAAGCAGUAUAUUUAUACUUGUUGGCCCGAUAUAUUAGCUUUUUCCUGAGGUCUGCAAAAAGGCUUCCUUCCUUCCUUUCCCAGAAGAGACCUUUGAUUCCUCCCAGGCUGAUUUAUCCUAACUAUUGGGUUGUUCUUGUGAAAAAGUUGAUAGAAAUAGGACUAAAGAUCUCUUUUUGAUUCAUAUCCAGAACUCUUUAAAUGGAAGCUUCCUCCAUGGCUUAUAUAGUACUAUAAUCCUAAAUUGUAGGUAUGGAUACAGGUACAAAUCGGGGUGAUUGGGUGCUGCAGUCUUUAAUGCAAACUGUUCUACUUAAACUGACUCUGCAAGUCCUUAGUCUGCCUUAUGGAGUAGGCAGAUGAAAAGUCUCUUUGUGGCUUGCAGGUGUCAAAUCCUUUGAAACAGUAUGUCUGGCACUUUUUAUUUUAUUUAUAAAAAUAUUUAAAUACCGCUGUAUCAUAAAAAUAUAUAACAGCCAUUUGCAACAAUAUUGAAACAUAAAAUCAAACAAUAAAAUCAUAAAAAGUUAAAAACAAAAAGAAAUUAAAAGCAAACUUUAAAAAUAGCCUGGAAUUAAUAUGGUCUUGAAUAUAAUGGCAAUAUUGGUGUUCUCUGCUUGUUCUCUGAGAGGUGUGAUCUUCUAAAAUAUACUUAGUUGCAUUUAGAGACCAGUUUGAUUUCUGGCUAAUGUUAUUCAAAGUUAAUGCUUUCUGAUGGCAAACUGACAGUCAAAAUAAAUGUUUUUCUUCCUUAGGCAAUUCUGUGGCUGCAGUUUCAGAUCCAGAUAAUGAGCAAUCUCCCCCUCAAGUUGAAGAUGGUGUUAAAGCCAGUCACCUCUUAAGACCGAAUCGUCAAAUAACCAAAGUUCAGUUACGCACUCAUAGGACAAAGCCAGUUGUUCGUCCUGUGAGUUUACCUCUAGGUCAAAUGCUUCCUCCCUGUGUUUUGAAUGAGAGAAACUCACGAAAUGCAGGUCUAAGUACAGAAAAUAUUGGCAGAAGUCCUGUAAUUGAAGAAGUUUCCGAGACGCAGCCACUUCCAGCUGUAAAUGCCGGCUGUAGGCUUUCUUGCUUUGACCCACAGACUCUGAAGAAAACUUGGGACAAGCAAUAUAAGCAGUAUGAUAUGACUGCAAGGACAGCAAUGAUUGUGACUAAUAUACCCCAGGAGAACCGAACACAUGACUCUGUAAACUCAAGUGCCUUAACUACACAUAGCAACCUUGCUAGCAACUCAGUAAAUGCCAUACUUCCCAACAAGCCAUAUACGGUACCUGUCAGGGCUGCAAGGGCAACAGCAGAAGGGCAUUCCUCAGACUCUAAUACGCUUGCUGCUUUCAGAACACCGAGAACUUUGCAACCACCACCAGGGACAUUCUAUAAGCCACCACCCAUCAGUAAGGCCAAACAGAGCGAUGAGAGCUUGGCACCCAAACCAUGUGCAGCAGUCAUCAGAGAUGAGACUCCACAGCUAGUUGUGAACCCUGGGCUUGUCCAAGGCUCCUUGGGCUCCUCUGGCCCACAUGCAAAGCAACAAAAACCCACUUCUGAAGCUCUUUCCCCUACAGACUUGAAGCCCACCUACCAGAGAUUAAGGCCAAAGAGGAUGCAAGAACUAGAACACAGGGAAGCUCACUUUGUAUAG